AUGGGAGGCGAAAGCCUCACCCCUCCUCACCCCUCCUCACCCCUCCUCACAGGGAUGAUCACUCUGUAUCAGAUAGAGGGGAAAGUCAAGGCUUCCAUCCGCAAGCGGACGGGCGUUCGUGAUACCAUCUGGACACAUCACGAUCACACACACCGAAUACUGUAGCGGGCCUGGGGGCGAGGGAGCAACAGCGCUCCAAUCAUUACAGGAGGCCUCUGUGUGGCUAAUGCUGAUUUAUUCUAAAAAAUAUUCUGAUUUAAUUAAACAGUGUAUUUUAAGGUCAUGUGAAGGUUAUCCAUCCCUGUGGUCGUGGUGGCUGGCAGACAGAAUGCCAGGUAGUUGCAUUAGAAGAAGAGGCCACAAAGGACCUGGAUGACUCCUUUUUAGAUCCGGCUUCUCCAAUUGGUGGACCCGCGGGUGGUUUUAUUUGGCCCCCCAAUUUUAAAUAUAAUUUUCAUUGUUGGACAUAAGACUGUAGAAAGACCAGGAAAUCAGCUCGGAGUGAUUUUACACAAUUGGAAGAAAGGUUUGAAAUGGUUGUUUUAGUCAAAUAUUAUAUUUGCUUGGGCUUCUUGCAGGCAAUUUGCGGCCUACAAAUUAUUUGUAAUUACGUUCCUCCCCCCCCGACCAUUCGCUCAAUAAAAAAUUGUCCCGUGGUUGAAUGUAGUUUAUGAUCCCUGCUUUAGAAGCUACAGGUUGAAGCCAAUGGGCAGUUGGGCAUUCCCUAUAUAUAUAUAUACACAAACACACAUUAGGGCCGGGACCAUACCAGUAUUGACAUAUUCGUUACUAUUGUGGCAAGGAAACGAAACGCAAAGCUGAUUUAACUUAUUUAGGAAAACAGUCCUAAUGUUGGAAACAAACAUGUUGUCAUCCAGAGUCACAUGUAUUUAUUUUCCAAGCUAUGGUGGACAAUAUUUUACAUACAGCAGGUUUUUAAAGGACCAUAGAGUUUAUUCUGCUUCAUGUUUUCAUAUUUGCUGUGACUCUGGUCCGGUGCCUAGUCAGGCAGCUUCUGGUGCCAUGACUGCACAAAUGCUGAGUUGGGGCAGUUUCGUCGGCGGUCAGGCGGCUGGCUGAUCAGGCACUUCCUGCUAACUCUGCGAUUAACUCCCUUGAAUAAAUGUUUGUUUUGUCUGCCAGCUGACUGCUGGAGAAUAGAGCUCUGUCUGUGGUCUGCAUCUGUAUGUGUGGGGCUGUGUAGUCUGUAUGUGUGGGGCAGUGUAGUAUGUACAGUGGGGAAAAAAAGUAUUUAGUCAGCCACCAAUUGUGCAAGUUCUCCCACUUAAAAAGAUGAGAGAGGCCUGUAAUUUUCAUCAUAGGUACACGUCAACUAUGACAGACAAAAUGAGAAAAAAAAAUUCCAGAAAAUCACAUUGUAGGAUUUUUUAUGAAUUUAUUUGCAAAUUAUGGUGGAAAAUAAGUAUUUGGUCAAUAACAAAAGUUUCUCAAUACUUUGUUAUAUACCCUUUGUUGGCAAUGACACAGGUCAAACAUUUUCUGUAAGUCUUCACAAGGAUUUCACACACUGUUGCUGGUAUUUUGGCCCAUUCCUCCAUGCAGAUCUCCUCUAGAGCAGUGAUGUUUUGGGGCUGUCGCUGGGCAACACAGACUUUCAACUCCCUCCAAAGAUUUUCUAUGGGGUUGAGAUCUGGAGACUGGCUAGGCCACUCCAGGACCUUGAAAUGUUUCUUACGAAGCCACUCCUUCGUUGCCCGGGCGGUGUGUUUGGGAUCAUUGUCAUGCUGAAAGACCCAGCCACGUUUCAUCUUCAAUGCCCUUGCUGAUGGAAGGAGGUUUUCACUCAAAAUCUCACGAUACAUGGCCCCAUUCAUUCUUUCCUUUACACGGAUCAGUCGUCCUGGUCCCUUUGCAGAAAAACAGCCCCAAAGCAUGAUGUUUCCACCCCCAUGCUUCACAGUAGGUAUGGUGUUCUUUGGAUGCAACUCAGCAUUCUUUUUCCUCCAAACACGACGAGUUGAGUUUUUACCAAAAAGUUAUAUUUUGGUUUCAUCUGACCAUAUGACAUUCUCCCAAUCCUCUUCUGGAUCAUCCAAAUGCACUCUAGCAAACUUCAGACGGGCCUGGACAUGUACUGGCUUAAGCAGGGGGACACGUCUGGCACUGCAGGAUUUGAGUCCCUGGCAGCGUAGUGUGUUACUGAUGGUAGGCUUUGUUACUUUGGUCCCAGCUCUCUGCAGGUCAUUCACUAGGCCCCCCCGUGUGGUUCUGGGAUUUUUGCUCACCGUUCUUGUGAUCAUUUUGACCCCACGGGGUGAGAUCUUGCGUGGAGCCCUAGAUCGAGGGAGAUUAUCAGUGGUCUUGUAUGUCUUCCAUUUCCUAAUAAUUGCUCCCACAGUUGAUUUCUUCAAACCAAGCUGCUUACCUAUUGCAGAUUCAGUCUUUCCAGCCUGGUGCAGGUCUACAAUUUUGUUUCUGGUGUCCUUUGACAGCUCUUUGGUCUUGGCCAUAGUGGAGUUUGGAGUGUGACUGCUUGAGGUUGUGGACCGGUGUCUUUUAUACUGAUAACAAGUUCAAACAGGUGCCAUUAAUACAGGUAACGAGUGGAGGACAGAGGAGCCUCUUAAAGAAGAAGUUACAGGUCUGUGAGAGCCAGAAAUCUUGCUUGUUGUAGGUGACCAAAUACUUAUUUUCCACCAUCAUUUGCAAAUAAAUUCAUUAAAAAUCCUACAAUGUGAUUUUCUGGAAUUUUUUUCCUCAUUUUGUCUGUCAUAGUUGACGUGUACCUAUGAUGAACAUUACAGGCCUCUCUCAUCUUUUUAAGUGGGAGAACUUGCACAAUUGGUGGCUGACUAAAUACUUAUUUUCCCCACUGUAUGUGUGUAGUCUGUGUGUGUGUGGGGCUGUGUAGUCUGUGUGUGUGUGUGGGGCAGUGUAGUCUGUAUGUGUGUAGUCUGUGUGUGUGUGUGUGGGGCAGUGUAGUCUGUGUGUGUGUGUGGGGCAGUGUAGUCUGUGUGUGUGUGUGGGGCAGUUUAUUUUUUUUAAUUUUUUUAUUUCACCUUUAUUUAACCAGGUAAGCCAGUUGAGAACAGGUUCUCAUUUACAACUGCGACCUGGCCAAGAUAAAGCAAAGUAGUGCAAUAAAAACAACACAGAGUUACAUAUGGGGUAAAAAAAACAUAAAGUCAGAAAUACAACAGAAAAUAUAUAUACAGUGUGUGCAAAUGUAGCAAGUUAUGGAGGUAAGGCAAUAAAUAGGCUAUAGUGCAGAAUAAUUACAAUAGUAUUAACACUGGAAUGCUAGAUGUGCAAGAGAUUAUGUGCAAAUAGAGAUACUGGGGUGCAAAAGAGCAAAAUAAAUAACAAUAUAGGGAUGAGGUAGUUGGGUGGGCUAAUUUCAGAUGGGCUGUGUACAGGUGCAGUGAUCGGUAAGGUGCUCUGACAACUGAUGCUUAAAGUUAUUGAGGGAGAUAAGAGUCUCCAGCUUCAGAGAUUUUUGCAAUUCGUUCCAGUCAUUGGCAGCAGAGAACUGGAAGGAAUGGCGGCCAAAGGAGGUGUUGGCUUUGGGAAUGACCAGAGAGAUAUACCUGCUGGAGCGCAGACUACGGGUGGGUGCUGCUAUGGUGACCAAUGAGCUAAGAUAAGGCGGGGAUUUGCCUAGCAGUGAUUUAUAGAUGGCCUGGAGCCAGUGGGUUUGACGACGAACAUGUAGUGAGGACCAGCCAACAAGAGCGUACAGGUCACAGUGGUGGGUAGUGUAUGGGGCUUUGGAGACAAAACGGAUGGCACUGUGAUAGACUACAUCCAAUUUGCUGAGUAGAGUGUUGGAGGCUAUUUUGUAAAUGACAUCGCCGAAGUCAAGGAUCGGUAGGAUAGUCAGUUUUACGAGGGCAUGUUUGGCAGCAUGAGUGAAGGAGGCUUUGUUGCGAAAUAGGAAGCCGAUUCUAGAUUUAACUUUGGAUUGGAGAUUCUUUAUGUGAGUCUGGAAGUUGAGUUUACAGUCUAACCAGACACCUAGAUAUUUGUAGUUGUCCACAUACUCUAGGUCAGACCCGUCGAGAGUGGUGAUUCUAGUCGGGUGGGCGGGUGCUAGCAGCGUUCGAUUGAAAAGCAUGCAUUUAGUUUUACUAGUGUUUAAGAGCAGUUGAAGGCUACUGAAGGAUUGUUGUAUGGCAUUGAAGCUCGUUUGGAGGUUUGUUAACACAGUGUCCAAUGAAGGGCCAGAUGUAUACAAAAUGGUGUCGUCUGCGUAGAGGUGGAUCUGAGAGUCACCAGCAGCAAGAGCAACAUCAUUGAUAUACACGGAGAAAAGUGUCGGCCCAAGAAUUGAACCCUGUGGCACCCCCAUAGAGACUGCCAUAGGUCCAGACAACAGGCCCUCCGAUUUGACACACUGAACUCUAUCUGAGAAGUAGUUGGUGAACCAGGCGAGGCAGUCAUUUGAGAAACCAAGGCAGUGUAGUCUGUGUGUGUGUGUGGGGCAGUGUAGUCUGUGUGGGGCAGUGUAGUGUGUGUGUGGGGCAGUGUAGUGUGUGUGUGGGGCAGUGUAGUCUGUGUGUGUGUGUGGGGCAGUGUAGUCUGUGUAUGUGUGUGGGGCAGUGUAGUCUGUGUGUGUGUGGGGCAGUGUAGUCUGUGUGUGUGUGUGGGGCAGUGUAGUCUGUGUGGGGCAGUGUAGUCUGUGUGUGUGUGUGGGGCAGUGUAGUCUGUGUGUGUGGGGGGGGCAGUGUAGUCUGUGUGUGUGUUUUAGGUUUAUGAUAGUCAGAGAGAAGGUAACUUAGGCUACAUGUAAGCCUGUAUUUGCAUAUCUGGUGUGUGAGUGCAGGGCAUGUUUAUACUGCGUCAUCACCAAGUGUACACCCUGGGAUCUGAGACAUGCACUGACUUGUUCCUUCUCUUGUCCCUGUUCUUCCUGGCGACUGUUGCUGGACUUCAUUUUUUUUGUUAAAGGCCUAACCGUGCUGUGUAAGAUGUGGAUUGGAUUAGUAGAAGUGAUUGUAUUAAAGAUGAUCUAACGUGUCUUGUUUCAGAGCCGUCAGCCAGUCCAGCGAAGGAUAACCACAGGAUGAACAGCUACAAGAACAAAGCCCUGAAUGUGGAGGAGAUGAGGCGCAGGAGAGAGGAGGAAGGAAUCCAGCUUAGGAAGCAGAAACGAGAGCAACAGGUACACAACAUAUAGCAUCUAGCACGGCUUACCACACCUAGCCUAGGCAGAUGCACACACAGACACUCAUCUGCUGUUUCUCUCCUAUAUUUGGCCAGCUCUUCAAGAGGAGAAACGUUGACAUGUUGAACGAGGAGGGAGGCAUGUUUGAGAGUCCACUGGUCGACUCGUAUGUGGACUCCACAGCCACAGAGGAAGGAGUCCUGACUAGACACCUGGUGGAGAUGCUCUUCUCAGAGGACCCAGAGCUCCAACUCACCACAACACAGACGUUCAGGAAACUACUGUCCAAAGGUACCUGGCUCUUCAGUGAAUAUCAUCAGGAUAUCCUGUAGCCUGUCUGUGUAUGGCCGUGCUCGUCACUCCUGGUCCUGGUGACCCUCGGGGGUGUUGUCACUCCUGGUCCUGGUGACCCUCGGGGGUGUUGUCACUCCUGGUCCUAGUGACCCUCGGGGGUGUUGUCACUCCUGGUCCUGGGGACCCUCGGGGGUGUUGUCACUCCUGGUCCUGGUGACCCUCGGGGGUGUUGUCACUCCUGGUCCUGGGGACCCUCGGGGGUGUUGUCCCUCCUGGUCCUGGGGACCCUCGGGGGUGUUGUCACUCCUGGUCCUGGGGACCCUCGGGGGUCUGCAGGCUGUUGCUCCAAGCCCAGCCCGGCGCUAACACAGCUGAUUAAGCUACCUCCCUCUUGGGUGGUGAAGGUUGUGAGUCCAUGGUGCUAAUUGUUAGACCGUUACUCAUAUAUUCAGUGUCUGAUCUUGUUCCAGAACCCAAUCCACCUAUUGACGAGGUCAUCAACACCCCAGGCAUUGUAGAGAGGUUGGUAGAGUUCCUGAAGACGAGCGUCAACUGCACAUUACAGGUGAGACCUCGGAAUAUUAGGAAAUGUUUUUAUUGGUCAAAUAGAAAAGUUAACCCAGACAAGUACUGGAAACCUAGAAGGAUGGUCAGGCUUUAAUUGGCUGUUUAUCCAUUGUGGAUAUCAUUGUAAAUUAUUGCUGUCUACAAUAACAUGUUGUCAAGUUUUAUUAUCAAUACCAAUGUGUCAUUAAUAAAGUCUCUGUCUGUGUAGUUUGAGGCGGCGUGGGCGCUGACCAACAUAGCAUCAGGUACGUCCAUGCAGACUAACAUAGUAAUCGAGGCGGGAGCAGUACCCAUCUUCAUAGAACUACUCAACUCUGACGUUGAAGAUGUUCAGGAACAGGUAAGACAAGGCAUUCCACACUACAUCUUAACAGGCAUGGGAAAAUAGAUUACCAGACCAUCUAUCAUUUCUACCUAGUUGUGGAAUUGGAACCGCUCUCUCCCUCCCCCGCUCUCCCUCUCCCUCCCCCGCUCUCCCCCUCUCCUCUCUCUCCCUCCCCCGCUCUCUCUCUCCCUCCCCUGCGCUCUCUCUGCUCUCCCCGUCUCUCUCUCUCUCGCUCCCCCGCUCUCUCUCUCUCCCUCCCCCGCGCUCUCUCUCUCCCUCCCCCGCUCUCUCUCUCCCUCCCCUGCGCUCUCUCUGCUCUUCCCCGCUCUCUCUCGCUCCCUCUCUCUCAUCGCUCCCCCCCCGCUCACUCGCUCCCCUCCCCUCGCGCUCUCGUCCUCUCUCUCUCUCGUCUCAUCUGUUCUCCCAGCCCUCUCCUCCCCCUCCCCCGCUCUCCUCCUCCCUCUCUCUCGCCUCCCUCCCCCCGCUCUCUCUCUCCCGCCCCCCCGCUCUCUCUCUCCCUCCCCCCGCUCUCUCUCAUACCACUCCCCGCUCUCUCUCUCCCUCCCCUGCGCUCUCUCUGCUCUCCCCGUCUCUCUCUCUCUCUCUCGCUCCCCCGCUCACUCUCUCUCCCUCCCCCGCGCUCUCGUCUCUCUCUCUCCCUCCCCCGCGCUCUCGUCUCUCUCUCUCUCUCUCUCAGGCAGUGUGGGCUUUGGGUAACAUAGCAGGGGACAGUGCAGUGUGCAGAGACUACGUACUCAACUGUAAUAUCCUACCACCACUAUUAAUGUGAGUACACAAUCACACACUACUGUUGUGUGUGUAUCAGUGUAAUCAGAGCGGAGGUCCUGUGUCAUCUGAUGUUAUCUACUACUCCACAUAAGACGUUCACUCAUGGUUCCUCUCCCCUGUUCCUCUCUCCAGGCUUCUGACCAAAUCCACCAGACUGACCAUGACUAGGAAUGCAGUGUGGGCUCUGUCUAACCUGUGCAGGGGAAAGAGCCCCCCACCUGUAUUUGAGAAGGUAAAACACAAACCCCUAACCCCACCCACAGUCCCACCCCCUCUUUGGAAUGGUCGAACACCUAUCCAGUUACUUCUGGGACCAUAUUCAUACAUCGUCUCAGAGUAGGAGGGGUCCUAGUACUGCAAGGUCCAGGGUCAAGGCAAACCCUCUGCAUGUCUCCACUAUGUUAGCACAGCUUCUGUGCUGAAAGUGGCUUCAGACAUAUUUCACAUUUCUAGAAUCGGUUGGAGCCAGAGAAGUACUGUUGGUGUAGUCACAACAUUAUAUAAUAGGAUCAGUAUCUGAUUUGAAACACUUAGUAGUAUUAACACCUCUCUGUUUUGGUACUUCCUGAAUAAUAUGAAUGAUGAAGUCAGUCUUUUGGAAUCCAUGUACCUAUGGACCCUGCUGUCAAGUAGUGCACUAUGUAGGGAAUGAGUAUGCCGUGGAGCUAGUCUGUAAUGCUGUGUUAUGCCUGCCUGUUAGCUAGCUGAUGGUUGAAUCUGCUAGGGACUCUGGCCAGCCAGAACAUAACAGCUGCAGUGACUCGGACUGAGCAUGUGACCAGGGAAUGGUAUGUGAAGAGGCAGGAGUUUUCUCUCACCCUGUGACUCUCUCAAAAGUCUAAAGGAUUAUUCCUCUCUCUUCCACUCGGUUUCUCUAUUGGCUAUGAGAGGGACAGGAAGCCAUUUUAGACCUGAGAUUCACUCUGUGUGGGAGGAUGUGGCCCAAUAGCCUACUCUUAGAUGGUUCCCUGUCAACUUUCCCCUAGUCACAGUAACUCAUUUAAUGGGCUGUUAUAGUGUCAGAGAGGGCAUAGUAUUCAGCCCUAUCAGUAGAACUAGAGGAGAGGAGAUGAGAAGGAGAGAGCAUGUUAGCGUAUCGGUUUCUCAUAUCGAAAUCAUUGACUCAUCCCUACGCAUUCUACAAAGAGAAUAUCGGAGUUCAGAACCAUAAUGUCAGAUCUGUCUGUUAACUUUAAAAUGACACGACGACUAGGUUCCAGUUUAACAACGUUUACUAAACCGUAUUUCCACAGCACACGGUUGCCAUUGCACUCAGGCCAGGUCCUUCGACAGUGAGACUACCGCACAGGCAUACUAACAACAGACUGAUAACAGAAAUAUAGAGAUACUUCAAACAUGAACUUAACAUUCUCCCACUUUUUUCUUUUAAAGACAAAUAAAACAUCAACAAAAUAAUUUAAUGUCCCAAGUAUUAUUUAAGGUACCCAUUACAAAUGGGUUGUGUGACAAAGUAAAAAAAAAAAAACAUUUGUAUUACUCAAGCUGCCACUUUCCAUUACUUGAGUUCCUUUAGGAGCACAAGACCGGAUGCUCCCUGUUUAGUCAGACAGUCAACAAGCUGUCCCUUUUGUGGCCGACCACAGAAUCCGCUGGAUUCUCCGUGUGCUUGAAUAAGUUCCUUGAUGCUGCUAAUCUCAAGACAAAAAGUAUUUUCUCUGUGACAGACCUGGUUGACUUGACAGCAUCAACGAAGGAGUAGUCAUCAGUGACACAAACUACAGGGUAGAAUGUGCCGUUUUGUCUCACCAGCGGUAAGCGCUGAGAACAGAGUUGCCAGGAAGAUGGCAUUGUCAAUUCCGUCCGCCAGAGCAAGGGUUUCUCCGGCAAGUGUGCUUCGGACAACAUUUCUGAUCCUUUUUGACUGCCAACAGAUAGGUGAGAAUCUUCCUUCUUCACCCAUUAACACGACUAGAUGUUCACCUUUUUGUGUGCCUCUAUCUGGAAGCAUCACUGAAGACAACUAGUUUCAGAGUCAUCUUUUCCAACAUGCUGAAACUUCAGUCACUUGUUUGUGAUUUUCAGUUUAUUGAACAACUUUUGUUUGCCUCAUGAACGGUUUGUGCAGUGGCAUGGUUUUGCGUUGGAUGCCAAGUUGCAGCCAUCAAACAUUACAUCAGGUCUACUCUGUCUAGCAACCCGUAGAAUUUGACCUGUCUUUGACCUCCAAUUGAUCAGCUUCAAUUCCACAGAGGGAGAGGGAGGGGGGGGGGGGGGGGGUUGGGAUUGUUACUGCUCUUGAAGAGUCCAUGUGGAUGGGGUUGAAGAUUCUUGAUAUAGCUUUCCUGUUGCAUCAGUAUUGUUCCGUCAACUGUAAUAAACACUAUGGCAACAUUACAAAAAAAGAUCAUGUUCUUCUCGGCCGACCUGAGGUGUGGAGUCACAGUUGGAGCAAAGGUCUGUGAAGCCACCCCAGAUGACGUCCCCAACAUGACAGGCAAGUACUCCAGUCACAUUGCAGUCCUUGAUCAAGCCAAUAGAUAGACUGCAGGAUCCACUUGUGACAUUUCUCCACCUGUACUCGGCAUCGUUGCCUUUUUUUGGACCAGUAGAGGGAUGCCUCUGCCAGGCCAUACACACACCUUGUUUGUUUGUUUGUUUGUUUGUUUGUUUGUUUGUUUCCACAGUGUUCCUUCGCGCUUAGCUUCAGGCGGAGGUUGGAUGUGAAUGUCCCUUGACAGCUCUGUUCCCUGCAAAAAAAAAAUGCAAUUUUUCCUCCAACUGCUGAGCUCAUCUAGUUUAGCUGAGUUAAAUGACACGUCGUUUGUUUCAAGUACAUCAUCAUUUUGAAUGACGUUUUGUUUUUCUCAAUUUUUCCAUUGGUUCAACUCUGAGGUUAUCUACAAGUGACAGGUCAGCUGACCCUGUUGUACCAGAAAGUGUAGCUGGUUCAGAGUACUGCAAGUUGUACCAGUUCUGGUGUUUUCCUUUUUGCUGUUCCUGCUCGUCCAAUGACGGUUGCUGUAUGUGGAAUACCACUUUCUCUGUCCAUGUAUUUAACAGUUUUGUCCGGUUUUCAAAUUGGAACAACCAUGUUGUCUUAACACGUGGCUGUUGUUGAACGUUUUCCUCAUUUGAACCCUCAACAGUAUUACCUGUGUCAUGGUUGAAGGUCUCUGCUCCAAUUGCCUGUUUCAGUGUCCAUAUCAUUGGAUGCGACAUCUGGUGGGUUUUGUGUCUGUUAAAGUGUUCUUUCUGUCAUUUUCAGUAGUGAUUCUCAGCAACAGCCCCUCCAUCUUGUUGAUCAUUUACUUUCCGCAAUCCUGAGUGAGGCACCCUGACAAUGGUGCCUCACAAAUAUCACCACACCAUCUUGGCCAAUGACGACUCCCGGUCCUUUCCACUCUUGACAGUCAACUCAUUUGUUGUACACUUUGUUUCCAGUCUCGUACUUCUCAUGGGUGGGUAGAAGCCGUUUUACACAGAGCCCUGCGAACUCUCUCUGAACACUCUGCUUCAGUGAAUGCUUUUCUCGCUGCAUGUAGUGCUGAAAGGUGUCGUCCCACCCAUGCACUCACAAUGGUCCCUUCAAGUGCUGGUGGCUUGUCAGCCAGUACAGAGGGAAGGUUAGGGUUCUGCCCGAACUCUAGUAGGUGGUAUGGGCUGUAGCCAUGAACAUUGUGCAUUUUUGUUUUUUGCCAUCAAAGCCCAAUCUUGGGCUGUUUUCCAGUCACAUCCAUUGUCUUGCUUCACUUUCAGCAUGAUCUCUGUGAGUGUUUGAUUAUGUCUCUCCAGAAGUUAAUUGCUCCAUGCAGCAGUUGUCUUUACUUCCAUGUCGAAUUUCUCAGCCAUUUCUCUUUAUUUCGUUAUUAUUGAAUUCUCCUCCGUUGUCACUGUACAAUUUCUGGGGCGGGCCGUGCAAUGCACUCUUAUCCAGGAAUGAAUGAAGUGCUUGACGAUUUCACUGGGUUUCUUUUUGUAUUCACAAUGCUUCCAGCGCUGAAGCGUGUGAAGUGGUCGAUUUUUAUGUGAAGGUACCACACACUAGGUCCUAGCUCAUGUAGAUCUGCAGCCACUGGAGGCCAGUGGCAAACCAACAGCUGGUCUGGGCUUAGGUUUGCUGUUCUUCUGGCAUGUCUCACAACUGUCAACUAUCUACCGUAGAAUGGAAAUACUGUCGUCAUUAUUCCCAGAACUGCUUGAGUAAUUUCUGAAGUCUGUCAACUUGUAGCAUGUCCAAACUGUUUGAGGUUUUAACAAUACUUUGUGUUUUUCCCUCUGUGUUCAUGUUCUCUGUGACUGUCAGAAUCUCCAUGUGCUCUGUGUCCGUCAAUCUCGUUUUUUUACAUGGACUCUGUGUGAUGUCUUUUGUCUAAAACGUUUACACAAUAGUGUCCUGAGGUAGUAAGUUUAAAGGUCACUGGUUGUUUAAACAUCACUGCCUUGUCAUUUUUUAUGUCUAGUACAGCCUCUGCCUUCUUGAGGGAAGCUUUGCUUAAGAGUAAGGGGAUAUCUACAGGGACCACCUCUGUUUCAAUGUGACACUUAGUCUGACCAAUUUUUGCUGGUACCUUGACUCUCUUGGUAGAAUGGACAAUUCUCCCAUCUCCAAAUUUGAAAGCUCUGUUGCUCGGUGUGUCAAUCAUAUUUUGUACUUUCAUAUUUUAGUUCACUGACAUGGCUAUCAAGCCAUUUUGGACCACACACUGUGCAGUAUCAAUCACAGCAGAUCCUAAGGAUUCAACUGUAAAGAUCUCAGUAUCAAGAAGCAGAUUCGUUUGAAACAGUGUGAUGUUACACUUCUCCGUCACUGUGUUUUUUACAUGUUCCUCUGUUUGUUUUAACGUGUUCAUUUUUACGAGGACAGACUUUAACCCGAUGCUAAGAGCUUUGACAAAUGGCACAUUUUGAUCUCCUUCCAUACCUGUGUCCAGUGGAUUUCCCGACGGGCAAUGGUGCCCUCAUCUGGUUGUCUUGAGAACGUGACCUGUUGGGGCCUUUUCUCUGCAGCUCAGUGUAAUAUGCCACGUCACUCGCAUGCAUUCCAUCUGUUAUUGGCGCGAGGGACGUCUUCUCACAAAACAAAGUAUUUUUAGUGCCGACUUCAUUGACGCGAAAGUCAGCGCAGUACAAGCGGUCAAAGCCAACUGAUUCUCCCUACCAUCCAGACAGGCAGUAUCUAGCAACUUGGAAAGCUAACACUGCAUCUGGGGGAAACCAUGUUGUACUUGCACAUCUUAUUAGAUAUAAUCCUGUUAGACCUCUGUUCGAAAUCAAUGAUGGAGUCCGUCAUUGCAACCGAAAUGUCUCUAGUAACACCGUCAAAGUUUGAAUAUGCCUCGUAGGCUCCCCUCUCCUUUUAAGAAACACAGAUUCCAGUGCUCUGAUCAAAGUUCCCAUGGAUAUUUCCAGUGCUCUGAUCAAAGUUCCCAUGGAUAUUUCCAGUGCUGUAUCUCUCGCUCUUCCCUCGAGCGAUAAUUCCACCGCAAGUGCUUGCUUUUUCUCGUCCAGAUUAGUAACCCGUGUCCAGAUUCCAAGUUAAUUAUUCUAACUCUCACAUGACCUCUUCUCGUCGAAGCCAGGUGGCACAGUGUAGUUAUUAACCAUCCUCCGCUACCAAUGUUUACCUUAAAAUGACACGACGACUUGGUAAAAGUUUAACCGUGUUUACUAAACCGUAUUUCCACAGCACACGGUUGCCAUUGCACUCAGGCCAGGUCCUUCGACAAUGAGACUACCGCACAGGCAUAUUAAUAACAGAGUGAUAGCACUGUAAUAACAGAAAUAUGUAGAGAUACUUAAAACAUGAACUUAACACUGUUCUAUCAGAAUGAGAAUAUCAAACAGAGUUCAGAGCGUGACGUCAUAUCGGAAAUGAAUGCUUCAUCCAAUAUGACGUGUGACCGCUGUGAUCAGCAAGCUGCAUCCCCUAACCAGCCAUUACUCUCCAUCAAUGUUCAAUCAAAAGAAAAUUGGGACAGCAAAUUUCAGGUCUGCUGAGCACAAACCUGAACGUUGUAAAACAUUCUGUGCAACUUCUGGCGUGCGUUUACUGUGAACACUGAGGCUGUACCCACAUUCAUUUACUGUUUUUAACAAUGGCCAAGUAGGCUACGUGAUCAUAAUGUAGGCCUACCAGAGUGGCCUACCAUCAAAAACAAUGUGGUGCCAUGGUGGCGAGCUGGGGUGUAAAUUAGCUGUGACUGUGAGCUGGGGUGUAAUUUAGCUGUGACUGCAAGCUGGGGUGUAAUUGAGCUGUGACGGUGAGCUGGGGUGUAAUUUAGCUGUGACGGUGAGCUGGGGUGUAAUUUAGCUGUGACUGCAAGCUGGGGUGUAAUUUAGCUGUGACGGUGAGCUGGGGUGUAAUUUAGCUGUGACGGUGAGCUGGGGUGUAAUUUAGCUGUGACGGUGAGCUGGGGUGUAAUUUAGCUGUGACGGUGAGCUGGGGUGUAAUUUAGCUGUGACGGUGAGCUGGGGUGUAAAUUAGCUGUGACGGUGAGCUGGGGUGUAAUUUAGCUGUGACGGUGAGGUGAGCUGGGGUGUAAUUUAGCAGUGACGGUGAGCUGGGGUGUAAUUUAGCAGUGACGGUGAGCUGGGGUGUAAUUUAGCUGUGACGGCGAGCUGGGGUGUAAUUUAGCUGUGACGGCGAGCUGGGGUGUAAUUUAGCUGUGACUGUGAGCUGGGGUGUAAUUUAGCUGUGACGGUGAGCUGGGGUGUAAUUUAGCUGUGACUGUGAGCUGGGGUGUAAUUUAGCUGUGACGGUGAGCUGGGGUGUAAUUUAGCUGUGACGGCGAGCUGGGGUGUAAUUUAGCUGUGACGGCGAGCUGGGGUGUAAUUUAGCUGUGACGGCGAGCUGGGGUGUAAUUUAGCUGUGACGGUGAGCUGGGGUGUAAUUUAGCUGUGACGGCGAGCUGGGGUGUAAUUUAGCUGUGACGGCGAGCUGGGGUGUAAUUUAGCUGUGACGGUGAGCUGGGGUGUAAUUUAGCUGUGACGGUGAGCUGGGGUGUAAUUUAGCUGUGACGGUGAGCUGGGGUGUAAUUUAGCUGUGACGGUGAGCUGGGGUGUAAUUUAGCUGUGACGGCGAGCUGGGGUGUAAUUUAGCUGUGACUGUGAGCUGGGGUGUAAUUUAGCUGUGACGGUGAGCUGGGGUGUAAUUUAGCUGUGACUGUGAGCUGGGGUGUAAUUUAGCUGUGACGGUGAGCUGGGGUGUAAUUUAGCUGUGACGGUGAGCUGGGGUGUAAUUUAGCUGUGACGGUGAGCUGGGGUGUAAUUUAGCAGUGACGGCGAGCUGGGGUGUAAAUUAGCUGUGACGGUGAGCUGGGGUGUAAUUUAGCUGUGACAGUGAGCUGGGGUGUAAUUUAGCUGUGACGGCGAGCUGGGGUGUAAAUUAGCUGUGACAGUGAGCUGGGGUGUAAUUUAGCUGUGACGGCGAGCUGGGGUGUAAAUUAGCUGUGACAGUGAGCUGGGGUGUGCAGACACUGAGUCUUUUGUUACAUUUUUCAUUAUUGGAGCAUCUCACAGCGCGCGCAAAGUGAAUACAUUGUAUCUUUUCAUUUUGUCUAUUCGAACCAAGAGCAUAGGCCAAUCUGACACACAGUCACAGAGGAAAAACAGAGCACAUAGACAGUCAUGCUUGCGCCUUUUUAUAUUGCAGAACAACUGUCUCUCUCUAGCCCAAACCAUUCAUAUUACCAGAGCUACCCUUUCCCCUUUUUACCACAUCCAUUUCAUAAACCAUGGUGCGGGCCGUUUUUUAAACUAAUUGUCGGACGCACAUUUGUGCUUUGAUAACAAACUAUGUUGUCUAGUCAUGUUACCUAGCUAGCUAAUAACCUGGUAGCUUGACCAAUAUGCACACAUUUGUAUGGCACAGGAAAACCGUAAAAGGGGUAGAUGGCUUAGUCGAAGAGAUGUGCUUCAAAGGUAGGAUGCAUAUGCUCUUUGACCUUUUAGACAGGAACAGGUGCCAGGCCGGGACACUCCCAGUACCGCAGAGCCUCCAGUGACGUCAGCACUGUCAACUUUGACCCCUUCAGAAGUGUUGGUCAGGUUCUCUUUAGUGACAGCUUGAAACGGUGACAGUGGACAGGCGAGACAAUCAUGUAGACAGGUGUCAAUGUGAAGAUUUUGGCCUUAAUUGUUCUGAGAACUGUGUUGUUGAUCACCAUGUCAUUAUUCCUACUGAGGGAUUGAACCAUUUUGGGGUUCAGGGUCUCUUCAGGAAAACGUCAGACUUCACUCACACACUCUUAGAGCCCACAGCAACAGUUCCUCUGUCCCCCUGUCUGUCCACAGGUCUUAACAGCGUCUCUGUCCCCCUGUCUGCAAGUCCUGUCUAGACUGUUGUUCAGCAGUGAUCCAGACCUGUUAGCGGACGCCUGCUGGGCCCUGUCCUACCUCUCUGAUGGACCACACACUAACUGUCCCCAUCUGUCCUCUGUCCCCCCAGGUGUCCCCCUGUCUGCAAGUCCUGUCUAGACUGUUGUUCAGCAGUGAUCCAGACCUGUUAGCGGACGCCUGCUGGGCCCUGUCCUACCUCUCUGAUGGACCCAACGAGAAGAUCCAGGCUGUCAUCAACUCCGGCGUCUGCAGGCGCCUCGUAGAGCUGCUCAUGUAAGAGAGUGUGUCUGCAGGCAGGUCGUAGAGCUGCUGGUGUGUGUGUGUGUCUGCAGGCAGGUCGUAGAGCUGCUGGUGUGUGUGUCUGCAGGCAGGUCGUAGAGCUGCUGGUGUGUGUGUGUGUCUGCAGGCAGGUCGUAGAGCUGCUGGUGUGUGUCUGCAGGCAGGUCGUAGAGCUGCUGGUGUGUGUGUGUGUCUGCAGGCAGGUCGUAGAGCUGCUGGUGUGUGUGUGUCUGCAGGCAGGUCGUAGAGCUGCUGGUGUGUGUCUGCAGGCAGGUCGUAGAGCUGCUGGUGUGUGUGUGUCUGCAGGCAGGUCGUAGAGCUGCUGGUGUGUGUGUGUCUGCAGGCAGGUCGUAGAGCUGCUGGUGUGUGUGUGUGUCUGCAGGCAGGUCGUAGAGCUGCUGGUGUGUGUGUGUGUGUGUGUCUGCAGGCAGGUCGUAGAGCUGCUGGUGUGUGUGUGUCUGCAGGCAGGUCGUAGAGCUGCUGGUGUGUGUGUGUGUCUGCAGGCAGGUCGUAGAGCUGCUGGUGUGUGUCUGCAGGCAGGUCGUAGAGCUGAUGGUGUGUGUGUGUCUGCAGGCAGGUCGUAGAGCUGCUGGUGUGUGUGUGUGUCUGCAGGCAGGUCGUAGAGCUGCUGGUGUGUGUGUGUGUCUGCAGGCAGGUCGUAGAGCUGCUGGUGUGUGUGUGUCUGCAGGCAGGUCGUAGAGCUGCUGGUGUGUGUGUGUCUGCAGGCAGGUCGUAGAGCUGCUGGUGUGUGUGUGUGUCUGCAGGCAGGUCGUAGAGCUGCUGGUGUGUGUGUGUGUGCAGGCAGGUCGUAGAGCUGCUGGUGUGUGUGUGUGUGCAGGCAGGUCGUAGAGCUGCUGGUGUGUGUGUGUGUGCAGGCAGGUCGUAGAGCUGCUGGUGUGUGUGUCUGCAGGCAGGUCGUAGAGCUGCUGGUGUGUGUGUGUGUGUCUGCAGGCAGGUCGUAGAGCAGACUUCAGGGGGCUCAGCGGUAGUAACUUUGAACGUUUUCUCUGUCAGGCACACAGACUACAAGGUGGCAUCUCCUGCUCUGAGAGCAGUGGGGAACAUCGUUACAGGAGACGACAUCCAGACACAGGUGGUGUUGAACUGUUCAGCCCUUCCCUGUCUGCUCCACCUCCUGAGUAGUGCUAAAGAGUCCAUCCGGAAAGAAGCCUGCUGGACCAUCUCCAACAUCACAGCUGGCAACAGGGCUCAGAUACAGGUGAGGUCCAGACUUAACACAGAUAUAUAUACACACUACAGGUACCAUACAGAUAAACAGACAUGUUCAUGAUAUUUGUAUUUUCUCAGGGCUCAGAUACAGGUGAGGUCCAGAUACCGUACUCUACAGAUGCAUAACACAGACUGGUACAAUUCAGACACUAUAAAGAUCCAAAGAAAUCUUCAAGACCUAGGUAUUAGGGACUAGGUACUAGGUAUUGGGUACUAGGUAUGGGUACUAGGUAUAGGUACUAGGGUAUUAGGUACUGGGGUAUUAGGUACUAGGAUAUUAGGUACUGGGGUAUUAGGUACUGGGGUAUUAGGUACUAGGGUAUUAGGUACUGGGGUAUUAGGUACUGGGGUAUUAGGAACUAGGGUAUUAGGUACUGGGGUAUUAGGUACUGGGGUAUUAGGUACUGGGGUAUUAGGUACUGGGGUAUUAGGUACUGGGGUAUUAGGAACUGGGGUAUUAGGUACUGGGGUAUUAGGUACUGGGGUAUUAGGUACUAGGGUAUUAGGUACUGGGGUAUUAGGUACUGGGGUAUAAGGUACUGGGGUAUUAGGUACUGGGGUAUUAGGUACUGGGGUAUUAGGUACUGGGUAUUUUCUGUCUUCAGUUUGAAUAAAGGACAUCAGGUUUGAGCUGCUGCUCUCCAGUUUAGGCAGCGGUCAUCGUCUCUCCACUCAAACGUUUCUAUUUUCUUCCUCUCUCGUCUCUUCUCCUAGACGGUGAUCGACGCCAACAUCUUCCCUGUGCUGAUCGACAUCCUGCAGAAGGCAGAGUUUAGAACCAGGAAGGAAGCCGCCUGGGCCAUUACUAACGCCACGUCCGGAGGAACGCCAGAACAGAUCAGGUAUAAAGAUACACACACCUCACCAGGACAGAUUAGAUAUGACCCACCUCACCAGGACAGAUUAGAUAUGACCCACCUCACCAGGACAGACUAGAUAUGACCCACCUCACCAGGACAGAUUAGAUAUGACCCACCUCACCAGGACAGACUAGAUAUGACCCACCUCACCAGGACAGACUAGAUAUGACCCACCUCACCAGGACAGACUAGAUAUGACCCACCUCACCAGGACAGAUUAGAUAUGACCCACCUCACCAGGACAGAUUAGAUAUGACCCACCUCACCAGGACAGAUUAGAUAUGACCCACCUCACCAGGACAGACUAGAUAUGACCCACCUCACCAGGACAGACUAGAUAUGACCCACCUCACCAGGACAGACUAGAUAUGACCCACCUCACCAGGACAGACUAGAUAUGACCCACCUCACCAGGACAGAUUAGAUAUGACCCACCUCACCAGGACAGACUAGAUAUGACCCACCUCACCAGGACAGAUUAGAUAUGACCCACCUCACCAGGACAGAUUAGAUAUGACCCACCUCACCAGGACAGAUUAGAUAUGACCCACCUCACCAGGACAGACUAGAUAUGACCCACCUCACCAGGACAGAUAGAUAUGACCCACCUCACCAGGACAGACUAGAUAUGACCCACCUCACCAGGACAGACUAGAUAUGACCCACCUCACCAGGACAGAUUAGAUAUGACCCACCUCACCAGGACAGAUUAGAUAUGACCCACCUCACCAGGACAGACUAGAUAUGACCCACCUCACCAGGACAGAUUAGAUAUGACCCACCUCACCAGGACAGAUUAGAUAUGACCCACCUCACCAGGACAGAUUAGAUAUGACCCACCUCACCAGGACAGAUUAGAUAUGACCCACCUCACCAGCGACAGAUUAGAUAUGACCACCUCACCAGGACAGAUUAGAUAUGACCCACCUCACCAGGACAGAUUAGAUAUGACCCACCUCACCAGGACAGACUAGAUAUGACCCACCUCACCAGGACAGAUUAGAUAUGACCCACCUCACCAGGACAGAUUAGAUAUGACCCACCUCACCAGGACAGAUUAGAUAUGACCCACCAUUAUAUUAUAGUAUAUUAGUAUGCAUAGAUCAGAUAUUGACAGUAGAGGGAGGGGUGAAGAACCCUAGUCCAUAUCAGUAUAGGAACGAGGGAGGGGUGAAGGGGAGGUGUUAGUUUCUCUUUUCCUCCUUGUGGGGUCUGAGAUUCCAGGCUCAGCAAUGUUUCCGUGGUAUGCAUCCGGAAAUACCAAAGUUGUCCCCGUUAUAUCAAACAGGAGAGCUAUACUCUGGUGUGUGUGUGUGUGUGAGCCCUAGUUGAGAGCAUUCUGUCCAUAUUGAAUUACGUUGCAGUUCUUUUUCCCUCCGUCAGUGGAAUGUCACGAUGACACUAACACACAUCCUGUCUCGGGCCGCUGCAUUUGUCAGGCGUCUGAAUUGUACCAAACACAUUCCACAUUUUAUUAUCUAGGGUUCGUGUUGCUGUCACACACAGGUCCUUUUCUCUGUCUCUCGCGGCCUUUAUUGGCGUGGGAAACAUAUGUUGACAUCGCCAAAGCAAGUGAAAUGGAGAAUCAACAAUAACAAAUUAACAGUAGGCCUACCCGAGUGGCGCAGCGGUCUAAGGCACUGCAUCGCAGUGUUGCGGUGUCACUACAGCCUGGGGUUGGAUCAUUACUGCCCAGGCUGUGUCAUUACUGGCCGUGACCGGGAGUCCCAUAGGGCGGCGCACAGUUGGCCCAGCGUCGUCCGGGUUAGGGGAGGGUUUGGCCGGGGGUCUUUACUUGGCUCAUCGCGCUCUAGUGACUUGUGGCGGGCCGGGCGCCUGCAGGCGGUCUUCGGUUGAGCGGUGUUUCCUCCGACACAUUGGUGCAGCUGGCUUCCGGGUUAAGCGAGAGGGUGUUAAGAAGCGCGGUUUGGCAGGUCAUGUUUCGGAGGACGCAUGACUCGACCUUCGCCUCUCCCGAGCCCGUUGGGGAGUUGCAGCGAUGACACAAGAUCGUGAUCACGAAAUUGGGGAGAAAAAAGGGUGUGAACUUUACACGCAAAAGUUCCAAAGUAAUAAAGAUAUUUAAAGUGUUAUAUUAUUGGCUGUGUACAGUGUUGUAACAAUGUGCAAAUAGUUAAAGUACAAAAGUGUCACAUCUUGCUGCUGUGAUGGCACUCUGUGGUAUUUCACCCAAUAGAUAUGUGAGUUUAUCAAAAUUGGAUUUGUUUUCAAAUUCUUUAUGGGUCUGUGUAAUCUGAGGGAAAUAUGUGUCUCUAAUAUGGCUUUCCUUAAGUUUGGGUCAGUCACAGUGGUCAGGUAUUCUGCCACUGUGUACUCUCUGUUUAGGACCAAAUAACAUGCUAGUUUGCUCUGAGUUUUUUUGUUAAUUCUUUCUAAUGUCUCAAGUAAUUUAUAUUUUGGUUUUCUCGUGAUUUGGUUGGGUCUAAUUGUGUUGCUCUGUGGGAUCUGUUUGUGUUUAUGAGCAGAGUCCUCUUACCAGCGGGCAGAGGGGACUCUUCUCCAGGUUCAUCCCUUACCAGCUGGCAGAGGGGACUCUUCUCCAGGUUCAUCUCUCUGUAGGGUCAGGGCUUUGUUAUGGAAGGUUUGAGAAUCACUUAUUUUUAGGUGGUUGUAGGAUUUGAAUUGCUCUUUUCUGGAUUUUGAUAACCAGUGGGAAUCUUCCUAAUUCUGCUCUGCAUGCAUUAUUUGGUGUUUUACAUUGUACACAGAGGAUGUUUUUUGCAGAAUUCUGCAUGCAGUCUCAAUUUGGGGUUUGUCCCAUUUUGUGAAUUCUUGGUUGGUGAGCGGACCCCAGACCUCACAACCAUAAAGGGCAAUAGGUUCUAUAAUUGAUUCAAGUAUUUUUAGCCAGAUCCUAAUUGGUAUGUCAAAUUUUAUGUUCCUUUCGAUGGCAUAGAAGGCCCUUCUUGCCUUGUCUCUAAGAUCGUUCACAGCUUUGUGGAAGUUACAUGUGGCGCUGAUGUUUAGGCCGAGGUAUGUAUAGUUUUUUUGUGUGCUCUAGGGCAACGGCGUCUAGGUGGAAUUUGUAUUUGUGGUCCUGGCAACUGAACCUUUUUUGGAUCACCUUUAUUUUUGUCUUACUGAGAUUAACUUUCAGGGCCCAGGUCUGACAGUCUCUCGCUUUCUCCCCCUUUUCUCCAUAUCUCUUUCUCUGUUCUUUCUCUGUUCGUUCUCUCUGUUCUCUCUGGUCUCUCUGUUCUCUCUCUCUCUAGGUACCUGGUGAACCUGGGCUGUAUCAAGCCUCUGUGUGACCUGUUGACAGUGAUGGACAGUAAGAUAGUCCAGGUGGCCCUGAACGGUCUGGAGAACAUUCUGAGACUGGGAGACCAAGAGGCCAAGCAGGAUGCAGGACCCAGCGGUACCGGCAUCAACCCUUACUGCUCUCUCAUAGAGGAGGCCUAUGGUGCGUAUACACAAACAUCAAUCCCUACUGCUCUCUCAUAGAGGAGGCCUAUGGUGCGUAUACACAAACAUCAAUCCCUACUGCUCUCUCAUAGAGGAGGCCUAUGGUGCGUAUACACAAACAUCAAUCCUUACUGCUCUCUCAUAGAGGAGGCCUAUGGUGCGUAUACACAAACAUCAAUCCCUACUGCUCUCUCAUAGAGGAGGCCUAUGGUGCGUAUACACAAACAUCAACCCCUACUGCUCUCUCAUAGAGGAGGCCUAUGGUGCGUAUACACAAACAUCAACCCCUACUGCUCUCUCAUAGAGGGGGCCUAUGGUGCGUAUAUACAAACAUCAAUCCCUACUGCUCUCUCAUAGAGGGGGCCUAUGGUGCAUUCGGGAAGUAUUCAGACCCGUUGACUUUUCCCACAUGUUGUGACGUUAACGCCUUAUUCUAAAAUGGAUUAAAUCGUUUUUCCUCAUCAAUCUACACACAAUACCCCAUAAUGACAAAGCAAAAACAGGUCUUUAGAAAUGUUUGCAAAUGUGAAAAAACCCAGAAAUAUCACAUCUACAUAAUUAUUCUGAACCUUUACUCAGUACUUUGUUGAAGCACCUUGCAGCGAUUAUAGCCUUCGAGUCUUCUUGGGUAUGAUGCUACAAGCUUGGCACACCUGUAUUUGGGGAGUUUCUCCCAUUUUUCUCUGCAGAUCCUCUCAUGCUCUGUCAGAUUGGCUGGGGAGCGUCUCUGCACAGCUAUUUUCAGGUCUCUCCAGAGAUGUUUGAUCGGGUUCAAGUCCGGCUCUGGCUGGGCCACUCAAGGACAUUCAGAGACUUGUCCUGAAGCCACUCCUGUGUUGUCUUGGCUGUGUGCUUAGGGUCGUUGUCCUGUUGGAAGGUGAACCUUCGCCCCAGUCUGAGGUCGUGAGCGCUCUGGAGCAGGUUUUCAUCAAGGAUCUUUCUGUACUUUGCUCUGUUUGUCUUUCCCUCGAUCCUGACUAGUCUCCAAGACCCUGCCGCUGAAAACAUCCCCACAGCAUGAUGCUACCACCACCAUGCUUCACAGUACGGAUGGUACCAGGUUUCCUCCAGACGUGACGCUUGGCAUUCAGGCCAAAGAGUCCAAUCUUGGUUUCAUCAGACCAGAGAGUCUUGUUUCUCAUGGUCUGAGAGUCCUUUAGGUGCCAGUUGAUAAACUCCAAGCGUGCAUUCAUGUGCCUUUUGCUGAGGAGUGGCUUCCAUCUGGCCACUCUACCGUAAAGUCCUGAUUGGUGGAGUGCUGCAGAGAUGGUUGUCCUUCUGGAAGGUUCUCCCAUCUCCACAGAGGAACUCUGGAGCUCUGUCAGAUUUGAGUAUCAGGUUCUUGGACACCUCCCUGACCAAGGCCCUUCUCCCCCAAUUGCUCAGUUUGGCUGGGCGGCCAGCUCUAGGAAGAAUCUUGGUGGUUCCAAACUUCUUCCAUUUAAGAAUGAUGGAGGCCACUGAGUUCUUGGACUUUCAAUGCUGCAGAAAUGUUUUGGGACCCUUCCCAAGAUCUGUGCCUCGACACAAUCCUGUCUCGGAGCUCUAUGGACAAUACCUUCCACCUCAUGGGUUGGUUUUUGCUCUGCCAUGCACUGUCAACUGUGGGGGCCUUAUAUAGACAGGUGUUUGCCUUUCCAAAUCAUGUCCAGUCAAUUGAAUUGACCGCAGGUGGACUCCAAUCAAGUUGUAGAAACAUCUCAAGGAUGAUUAAUGGAAACAGGAUGCACCUGAGCUCAAUUUCAAGUCUCAUAGCAAAGGGUCUGAAUACUUUUGUAAAUAAGGUAUUUCUGUGUUUCUUUCUAAAUUAAAAUCGAAAAACCUGUUUUCGCUUUGUCAUUAUGGGGCAUUGUGUGUAGAUUGAUGAUUUAAAAAAAUAAGUGUAACCAAUUUUAGAAUAAGGCUGUGACUUAGCAAAAUGUGGAAAAACUCAAGGGGUCUGAAUACUUUCCGAAUGCACUGUAUAUACAAACAUCAACCCCUGCUGCUCUCUCUUAGAAGAGGCCUUAUGGUACGUUCAUACAAACACGUUCAUACAGGCACAUGCACACCACACGCACACACACACACACACACACACACACACACACACACACACACAGUACACACACGCACUUCCGCAUACAUACACUUGCAUAAUCUACCAUGUGUAUGAAUAAAUAAAGUCCAUCUCUCCUCCCCAUCUCCAGGUCUAGACAAGAUAGAGUUCCUUCAGAGCCAUGAGAACCAGGAGAUCUACCAGAAGGCCUUCGACCUGAUUGAGCACUACUUUGGAGUGGAGGAGGAGGACCAGAGCCUGGCUCCUCAGGUGGACCAGGCCAACCAGCAGUUCCUCUUCCCCCAGCAGGAGGCUCCCAUGGAGGGCUUCCAGCUAUAACGCCCUCCCUGCCCUCUGGUUCAUCCAAACAUCGCUCAUACCCACGGAUCCCAUUUGGAAGGCUUUCAGAUUACAUUUACCCCCGUAUCCCCUAUCAAUGGAGGGCUUUCAGAUAACAUCUACCCCCCACCCCCAUAUCCUUUCAGAUAACUUCUACCCCAAUAUCCCCUACCAAUGGAGGGCUUUGAGUUAAAUUAGCGUCCCUGUGUCCCUCCACCUUCCACGUCCAACCACCACCUAUAUGCCCCAGCCCCAGCCCGUGGCUCGCUCUUCUACCCCAACCCCUACAAAUGGAGGGUUUCCUGUGCACUAUCCUUUCUCCACUGUGACCUUCCAUGCUCAACCAUCAUGCAGCCCGUAUCCCCAACCCCCAUGGAUCUCCCUCCGAUUCCAUGGAAGGCUUACAGCUGUGAGUCUUUAUCCAACCACCAUGAACGUGGCUCUACCUACCCGAACAGAUCAGACACUUCUAACAGAACACCACGUCUCUGCUGAGGAGCCAAUCGGAGAGCUGAACUCACACCACAUGACCUGAUAAAACAAAGCUCUUCCUGAUCAGUGAUCACACACUGGUUUGGGUCCAGUCCAGGUUUGAAACGCACAGAUACAAUGAGAGAUACUGCCAGUACUGUUGAUACCCUGAUUGUUCUGACAGUAGCGGUGGUUGGGUUUGUUUUGGUUUUUAGUGCUCCCCGUCUGCCCAUAGGGAUGUCCUUCUUCAGGAUGUGGGGGUCAAAUCUGACCUAGUGUGAGGAGCAUUAUUUAAGUUCUACCCCUUUUCUUUUACGACAAGUGUCUUCCUUGCCCUUAUUUAUCAGUUUCCAAUCGUUUAGCUUUUGUCGGCCCUGUUUCCCCCCUGGCCUGUUUUAAACCAGAUCUCAGUGUACCACCUGAAGUCUAGUGUCCACAGACUGAAGACUGGCUUCUUUACUGUUAACAAUAGAACAACACAGCUGUAUUCUAAACUCAGAGGCCAAACCCUCAUUCACAUUGGUUUCUGUCUAUAUCAGACAUACAGGGUUCCAAUAAGCAAUUCUGGGGAUUCUUAGGAAUUCUAGAACUAUGAUUUGGAGUGUAGAGCCAAGGUUCUCCCCUUCUAGAACUAUGAUUUGGAGUGUAGAGCCAAGGUUCUCCCCUUCUAGAACUGACAGUCCUUUCUCUACAAUUUAUUUCCUACAACUUUUAGCUACUUUUUGUUUUGUUUGUGUCAGAUGAUUUCUUGGACCUGGGGAGGGAUGAAGAGGGUGGAGCAACAUGUUGGGGUCUGAAUCGUAAAAACAGGAAAACCGCUGGGGUAAUGGAGGGCGUCAAGUUGGGGAUUGGGGAGGGAAUUUAAAGUGUUGGGGGGGGGGUGGGGGGUCCAUAUUGAAAUAUACACAUUAAAAUACCUAGGUUACUAGCUUGAUCUGAAGUUGAUAUAGCUAGACAUAUAAUGUCCGUUGUGUGCCGUGUUCUUAAUAACGAUAGAUUUGAAUUAUGACGUGAUUCUAACUAUUAAAACGGCAUACCGCUGGGGGUGGGGAACAGGGCCUACGCUAACUCGAGAAAAACCUGUAACUCAGCUCCACGUAAAUCAGGCAUCAAUGUCAGAUUUGCGGUAAUAUCCAAUGUACGCACUUGCAUGUCUGGUUAGGAUUUGGGCUUUUUAGUUUUUCUUUUGGAUUUCUCUGUUCCGUUGAAGCCCGGGAUGUGUUCCAAAUGGGAAGCCCUAUGGGCCUUGGUCUAAAGUAGUGCACUACAUAGGGAAUAGGUUGCCAUUCGGGACACAGCCCCAGUGUAAAUAGAUAUGUUGGUGCUGACUGAGUUGUAGUAGGCCCUGGGAUGUGAUGUGGUUUUGCUGCCCCCCCCCCCCCCCCCCGGUGUGUGUGUGUGCGUGGUAGGGUUUGCAUGGUGUUCCUAUUGCCCUACCUACUGUCACAGAGUAUCCCUUUGCCAAACACCUGGUAGUACACCAGGAAUUAUUGUUGGAAGAGGGAGGGAGAGAAAGUGCAAAAAAGAAAAGUGUACAACUCCCCUUUAUUCUUCUAGGAUGUGUUUUUAAAUAGCACUGUAUUCCCCUUAGUCCACGUGUUUUGACAGGAGCCACCUAGGGAGCCUCUGGACAGAAGGAAAAGCACUAUAUCAGACAGGGUGCCAUGCAUCUAACGACAACCAGGGUUUGGCAAGGGAUACGUCUUUUAAUUUAGACCGUGACGAACCUAACCGCAACAGAAGUUAAGUUAAGAUGUAUUUGCACAGACACUUCAUGCAUACAACACCAGCAGACUGUACACAGCUCACACGGAUGAGUGCUACACAACGAGGAGAAACAACUCCCAUAAUCCACCUUUUUGAAUGAACAUCAUUGCAUGUUUUCUUUCUUUCUGUGCUAUAUUGCCACAAUGCGGUAUGUUCAUUCAAUGUUUUCUUUCAUUGUUUUGUCACUUCCUUAUCGGCACUAUUGAGAUUAUGCUCGUAGAUUUUUUUUUUUUUUCUUUUUAAAGAAUGCACCUUAACCACAAUGCAUUGCUCUUUAAUACAAUGACAUGUUUACGGGGGGAAUGUGCGGUAGAUAUGACAAAAGAUUCAUAAACUAACAAUCACAUUCACAGCAUCCUUUAAUAUCUCUUAAAGAAAAUUUAAGAGAAACUGACAUUUUUUUGUUUUGCCAUUUUUCUUGAAGUGCAUGGUGUACUUCCUGGUAUUAUGCUAGGUCAAAAAUAUACAGGAUAAGACAAAGUAAUAAUUCCAUGUGGAGCGUUUAGAAAAUAAACCCAUUCAUUAGACCAGGGAGGUUGCAGAUUCUACAGGAUUAGCAUUGAAAACGUGACCAGUGGACGAGAACUCGAGUAAAAGUGGCUGUAGGUCAUUUGAAAAACCAUAUAAAUGCAUAGAAUGACAAACAGUUGUGUUUGCUGAGUAGUUAUGAAAGAUUGUUUCUUUUCCACUUUUAUGGUGAACUGCAUACAUUCACUUCGUCAUUUACGCUCGCUAAUCCUGUAGAAUCAGCAACGGCGCUGGUCCAAUUUAUGUAUUUAUUUUCGAACAUUUCCGUAUGUCAAUUAUUACAUUGUCUUAACCUUUUAUCUUCAACCUAGGUAUUGUGGAAGCCUUCUUUCUCCUUUCUGCUACAUGACUGAAGAUGGUUAGAUGGGUAUGCCCUUAGACACAGAUCUAGGAUCAGCUUGCCAUCCCUUAAUCCUAAACCUGUGAAAUGAAUGGGGCAAAAGCAAAACUGACCGUAGAUCAGUCUCUGGGUUGAGUGGAGCCUAAAAACAGUCUGGUAGUGUGACAGUUUGACUGACCAGCGCUGUGUGAGGAAGAGAUACAUGUACAAUUGUUAUGUUCUCCUUAGUCUGGUACCAGCUUGUUCUGUGGCUCCACCAUUUCCCCUGGUUGAGCAGAACCAACUGGGUUUGAGGUAAACAAAAUCAGAAUAUACGGGGGGGGGGGCUGUUUUAUUUCAAUGCCUGAAGUAUCAUUUUGGAAGGGCAUCUGUAACCGCAGCAGGAGUUUUUUGGGGGGGGUUACUUUAUAUGCUAGCUAUGAGGACCCUUGUCAUUGCACAUUUUAUAUAGCAAAUCAUCACCCUAUGGUUAUAUUGUCCUACCUGACGUGAUGUCUCGGUAGGUUGAUCCUGUGAGGAUGCGAGCCAUGACUUUGUACAAUGUCUUACCUUUUGUUAUAUUUCAAGUCUGCAAUGGUGAUUCAUGGUCUGCAAGGGUUUUGGACACGUUGUGCUUUGGUUGACAUUCAAAAUGUAGUCAAACUGGUAAGAGACUAAGCUUGUCAUUGAUCAAACAUAGACAGUAACAGUUAUAGGCUAUUAUAGGAGUCUAUGCACUUUGGUCCUCUAAAGGGAAAUGGUUGUCCACAGAACAAGUGUUCCAAACAGACAUUUGAGACUAAAUAAAUCUUGGAAAACAUGAACAAUUAGCUAAAGAACUUUGACUCUACAUCACUAACAAGUGGAGGAGCAAUUAUAUAUCAGUAGUCCUCUUUGGUUCUUGGUUUUUCGAUCUACUUCUGUGUGCAGUCUAUCAACAGACUUCCAGAACAGUCAAAUAUAAAUCAUCUGUGGAUCAAACAAACACAUAAAAUAUUUUUAUUUUUGAAGAAAAACAAAAUGCACUCUUAUUCACUAAAGUGCCAAUCCUGACCAACUAAAGACUUGCGGUUGAUUACAUAUAGUCUUUUGACUUAUUGAUUUAUUUAAUUUUCUUCCUUAAUAUUUCCUUGAAUGUGCACACGUUUUGUGCAAAACAUUGCUGCUCUAUUGUCCUUCUCUUAUAGUUCCAUGACGUGGUUUCUCUGGAAGUGGCAUUCUUUACUGUUUUUGCACUGUGGGAUUGGGUCAGAACAGUCAUUUUAAUAGGCUAAAAAUAAUUACUUAAUUUAUUCCAUCAUGCUGAUCCGUCUAACUAAAUAUUGAUGCUCUCCUCUUACAGUUUAAAGCAUUGUUGAUUUCCCUGUGCUGACUGAUGCAACUGUGGGACAGACAGUUCAGACAUUUGGUUUCGUUAGAAAAUGCAGCGCCAUCAAGUGUAAUUUUAUCUAGACGGGUCACAGUCUGGAAAACUCCUGGCCCCAGUUUAUCAGGUCAGUUAUCAUACAGGGCCAAGUUCAGUAGCCAAAGGUUGCUAAUAGAAAUGCCACAAAUGGAGAGCCAACGUUAUUCCUUAUUCUACAUGUCAGAGUCAUGUUUGUUUUACAUAGCAUAUUUCUAUCUGAACGUUCCAAAAUGUUACGUCCUGCUGAACGUGCCACGGGGAUUCUCGACCUAAACUUCCAUGUUUGCACAUGAGUCUAACCGAUCUUCUCACAAAGAACUAAACAGCCAAUUCAAAAUGGAGACGACUCACCAAAGUAGUUUUUUUACAUUACUUUUUCUUGACUUUGAGCAGCUAUGCCAUUACAUAAAUAAAUAAAAUAAAUAAAUAAAUAAAAAUAAGCAUGGAUAUGGAGGGUAUAUAAUAUUUUUCAGUGGCAUAAUCUUAUUGUCUGUCCAGACCCAGUCAAUCAACCAAACAACCAAUCACUUGUCCAGAGACUUCUCUCUGCUAUCUCUUGAUUUAGCACAAUGAAUCAGAAGCAGUUUUCUUGAGAUGGGAAGCUAAAUGGAAGUUGCAUUAUUGGCUGAGAAUGAACAACCUACCAACCAGUCCUGCAAUAAAUAUUCUCUGAAAGUCGGCCAUCCCCAGGGGUUCAAGUUCCGUCCCAAAUAGCACCCUAUUCCCUAUUUAGUGCACUACUUUUGAGCAGGGGUCCAUUGGGCUCUGGUCCACAAUAGAGCCCCACAGUGGAGGUGUCAUAAUACCCAUAAAACCUAGCGGUCAAACAAGGGAAAUAGUUCCAAUCGUUUUUCCACCAUUUCAUUUUUCCCAUAGGGGAUUUUAGAAACACUUAAAAUAAGGGCUUUGUUUUGUGUAGGGUUACUCUGGCGUGAUGUUUUGAUAACCAUGUAAAAUCUAUCUUGGACAAGGUGACUUAUCAAUAUAUUCAGCUCUAUUUACUCGCAGAUUCGGAAAUGCUAAUUAGCGUCAAAGUAGACAUCAUGCAAGACUAAAAUCCCUGCAAAGCUUCUGCACGUCAUCUCUAGCUGACACCUUUGCUAACAGGUAUUGUGUCAAUUUAAAACUUGCACAAGACAGUUCCCAGAAUUGUCCAUUUUAAAGAAAUGUAGCUAAUUUAUUCAUUACUACAUUUAGCUAACAUUAGAUUUGUUAAUCCAGAUAUUCUUACCUUUGCCUCGAGUCGGCAGUCUCGUCCAGAUCAUGGCAUUUGUAGUUCUUUAUGAUAGCCACAUUAGAAGCUAAUUAGCAUUUAAUUUUGGGGGGGUAAGUACAGGCGUAUAUAUUGAUAAAAGUCACCUUGUCCGAGAGAGAUUUUACGCGGUUAUCAAAACGUCACACCAGGGUAUGCCUACACGGAACACAGCCCUUAUUUUAAGUCUUCCUAAAAAACCCUAUGGGGGAAAAAUGUAUGGUGGAAAAACGAUUGGAACCAUUUCCCUGUUUGACCUCUAGGUUUUAUGGGUAUUAUGACACGUUAUAUAGGGAAUAGAGUGGCAUUUGAGUCGGAGCUUAAGACUUCUUAAUCAGGUUUUUGCCCUCUUCAAGAGUGCAAUUAACAGAGAUGACUGGUCAACAGUUUCCUAGAACAAAUCUGGGAUGCAGGAAUAUGUGAAGUAAUUUACAUUUAAAAAUGACAAUUGAGUCCAAGUGGAACUAUGUAUGAUUUAUAAUUUGGGGGGGGGGUGCUUUAUAUUUGUUCUCUUACACACGUGUGUAAAGGAAAUGUUUUUUUUUUUUGCAUAUCCGACUCCCCCUGAGGCAACCGCAGGGAUUCGGGUCACUGCCAGGGUCGCCAUUGUACAGUGGGCCCCUGGAAAUAUGUACAUUUAGCUGAAGGAAUCACCCACAUUUUGUAAUGACUGCUGAAAUGCUUCAUAUGGCAAUAGUAAAGGGACAGGAGUUUUUUUUUUCUUCCCCUGACCAAAUGACAAGGAGAAACUGUGUACGUCCCAAAUGGCACUGAAUGCCCUAUAUAGUGCACUACUUUUGACCAGAGACCUAUGGGCCCUGAUCAAAAAGUUGUGCACUAUAUAGGGAAUACGGGUGCCAUUUGCUCUAGUGGUUCCCGUCAGGUCAUAGAUUUGAAGAAAUAAUCAAGAUGAAUUUGAAAUGGGACAUUUCUUGUCUUCUGUCCUAGAUCCUGUAAAUGUGUAUAUCUGAGACAAAGGUGUCUGAAAAGCCCAAGCCAUGCCUUAGUGCUUGGCUUUAUCAAAUAAAUUAUGCUAUCUAGGCUAUAAUUGUUUACAAUUGCUACAUGUUUAUAAAGUGUUUUUCAUACGUCAUAACUGACCAGUCCUGAUGUAUUCUCUGGUUCUCUCAUUUCUCUCUUUCAAUGUAUUUAUUUCCAAAACAAAUCUUGUUUAUUUUUUGUUUGUUUGCUUACGAUAACCCAUCUUAUACUGUGACUUGACUUUACCGACGGUAUGAAUGAGUGACGAGAAACUGAUACACUUCAACUGAACAUGACACACAAACAAGAACACCGAAACAAAACAACACAAAUGCAUUAACAAAUAUUAGAAAUGUAUAAAAAUGAAAAAGUUGUCCAGUGGAAACUGUACAAAAAAAAUUACUAGAAAUAAAAUGAUGUUGCAACCCUUUGUCUCCUGUUGUUUUUCCAUUGCUUGAACACGGUUUUUAAUGACUAAAAGAUACUAAAACGUAAACGUAUUUUUGCUGCCGCAUGUGUAAGAUGUAGAACCGGUGAAUGAACGUUUUUGUAGUUCUGAGUCGAGGGUUUGAACUACAUAACAUUUCCCCUCAAGAUUGUCAACCACGCACUUCCGUUGUUCAUUACGUAUUUCCUGUGUUGGUUGGCAGGAGGAAAAGCAGCAGGCAACACAGAAGUGUAUUUAUUGAGUUGUAUCAAGAAGGUAAAUGUCAUUUUUAUUUUCUAAUAAAGUACCUAAAGCUUAUUCGAAGUAUGUAUAAUAACUGUGGGAUAUGUGAGGUGUUGUGUUUCUUUGGUUUGUUCCGUAGUGUAGAGGUAAUAUAGAACGAUAAAUGCUAAGUUAGGUAGCUUGCUAACUAACGUUAUCUAAACGGGACUAAUUUCUGUUGAAAGCUACAAAGUGAAACUAGUUAUGUAUUUGGUUGCUAAGAGAGGUCUUGUUUCACUUGCUAGACCAAGCUAGUGAGUUGACGACUUUCCAAAAAUGUCAACUAUUCUAUUCGCAUAGUUAGCUACACGUUAGCCGCGUUGAAAUGUCACUUCGUUAGCAUACCACAUAUUUAUGCGUUGCUUUGCUGGGUAGCUAGCUAACGUUAGCCUGCUGUCGUUCGCCAUUUCAGAUAUAUUUUACGUAAGCAUGAGCUAUAUUAAUUUAUUUCAACACACUUUCUGGUAAGGUGUACUGUCAUGAUUACCGGUGACCAACUGACCGAUAACUAGGUAACUUAUAGCUGACUAAACUCCACUCCUUGGUGAAGGACUUACUUCACGGUAGAGCGGAGUUUAGUCCGCUAGCUAACUUAGAGGUUUAGACUGCAGUGACAUCCCCCAUUUAACGUUUGGCAGUUUUAAGUUCUUGCUUUUCUCAAGCGGAGGUACGUGUAAAAAUCGUCAGCGAACACUUGAAUAUUCGGAUCUGUAAUUUACGCCGCAGUUGGACUUUUCCCCCUAUACAAACAAAAUGCUCGAUGAACAUUUUGAAGAAUAUCUGUUGCAGGCAUUUCAUCAUGAAGAAACAGGACACAGAAGAGUCGUCCGCGCAUGGCAGCGAUGCAGCACCUGGCGCUGGAGAGAUGGAGGGAAGCAAGGCGGCAAAAUACGUUACGGAGACCAGAAGCCCAAAAUACGUUACGGAGACCAGAAGCCCAAAAGACGUUACGGAGACCAGAAGCCCAAAAGAGGUUACAGAGGCUGGCAGCCCUAAAGAGUCAGAGAAGGACACACCUUCACAAGCUGAUGGGGCUGAAAGUGCAGGUAAAGUUAGCGCUAUGUGUCAUGGGUUGUCACUGAUGUGAUGGAACUAAUGCCACGUUCAAGUGCUAGUCUAGUCGGAACUAGGAAACUCGUACAUUUUUCUACGUUCCACCUGCAACUAGCGAUGGGAGUUGAAGACGAAGGUAAGUUCCAAGUUGAGAAUUAAGUGAAGUAUUGCCAUGUUUGUAAAAAAAAAAAAAAAAAAAAAAUGCUGCUGUUGCUUUACAUUAGCUAGGGUGUAACGGCUGUAUGGAAGCAUUCAUAUAUCACCGUUCUGAAGUGUAGCUCCCAUAUCACCGUUCCGAAGUGUAGCUCCCAUAUCACCGUUCCGAAGUGUAGCUCCCAUAUCACCGUUCCGAAGUGUAGCUCCCAUAUCACCGUUCCGAAGUGUAGCUCCCAUAUCACCGUUCUGAAGUGUAGCUCCCAUAUCACCGUUCCGAAGUGUAGCUCCCAUAUCACCGUUCCGAAGUGUAGCUCCCAUAUCACAGUUCUGAAGUGUAGCUCCCAUAUCACCGUUCUGAAGUGUAGCUCCCAUAUCACCGUUCCGAAGUGUAGCUCCCAUAUCACCGUUCCGAAGUGUAGCUCCCAUAUCACCGUUCCGAAGUGUAGCUCCCAUAUCACCGUUCCGAAGUGUAGCUCCCAUAUCACCGUUCCGAAGUGUAGCUAGCAGUGCAGCUUUGUGUGUUCUUUCUUUGAUUGUUGUUCUUUGAAUGUUUUUUAUUAUAAUUCAUUUUUGUUCACCUUUGUUGUUGUUACGUACUGCAAAGUCCAAUAAUUGUUAUUGCUGCAUUUUGUUUCUCUUUCCCUUCUGUGUCUAGUGGCUGAGACGGUUGCCGUUUCCAACACAGCAGAGUCUGCAGCCCUCCUCACCGUCCCAACUGUGGCAGACCCUGCCCCCCUCCCAGUCGCCACUAUAGCAGACCCUGCCCCCCUCCCAGUCUCCACUAUAUUAGACCCUGCCCCCCUCCCAGUCUCCACUAUAUUAGACCCUGCCCCCCUCUCAGUCGCCACUAUAUUAGACCCUGCCCCCCUCCCAGUCGCCACUAUAUUAGACCCUGCCCCCCUCCCAGUCGCCACUAUAUUAGACCCUGCCCCCCUCCCAGUCGCCACUAUAUUAGACCCUGCCCCCCUCCCAGUCUCCACUAUAUUAGACCCUGCCCCCCUCCCAGUCGCCACUAUAUCAGACCCUGCCCCCCUCCCAGUCUCCACUAUAUUAGACCCUGCCCCCCUCCCAGUCGCCACCAUAGCGGAGGGGGUGUCUUCUCAGUGUGACAUGGUUGAGGUGCUGAGCCGCCAGCUGGAGGACAUCCUCAACACCUACUGCCUGGAGGACAACGGGGAGGACGGGGUUAACCUGCCCAACGGCCAAUCACACGGCCCCAUGGUCAACGGCCUGGCCAAUGAGAAGGAGCUGGACGUCAAGCCGGAGGAGGUCAAAGUGAAUGCCGGCGGAGCGGAGAAAGUGAAGAGUCAAGAGAAGAAGAAGGUGAAGGGGCUGGGUAAGGUUCUGUUGCUCUGUCUGAAAUCAACCCUAGGUGCUUGUCGUUGAUCUGAAAUGAUUGGAUGGGUAUAGGUCAGUGGCCGCCAACCCUGGUCCUGAAGACCAAUAUGGAGCUAUUACCCAUCUAUAUUGCACACUAAUAUCGAGCUGUCAUCCAUCAGAUUAUUUUAGUCAUACGGGUGGUGGCUAGGGGUUGAGGACUGGACAACUUCCCCUUGUAUGUUGCUGGGUCCCUGCUAUGAUGAGAUGGUGUUGCACUGAAUGUCUUCCCCCUGUGUUACGCUGAAUAUAUUCCACGUCCUGUGUGUUGCAGGUAAAGAGAUCACCCUGCUGAUGCAGACCCUGAACACUCUGAGUACACCAGAGGAGAAACUGUCAGGCCUCUGUAAGAAGUAUGCUGAGCUGGUGAGUAGUAACUCUCAUAAACGUUUUGACUCGGGUGUGUGUGUGGCUCAAAGGCUGUUUGGUUUAGUUAAUAACUUUGUAUUUAUUUAAUUUGAGCAUGCUAGCAGCCCUCUUAUUUCUAGCCUCCAUCUGUGUAUCAGCCAGUAGCAGUUUGUCUCCUCUGUCUGUCUGGUCAUCAUGCAGGGGAAUGGACAGGGCAGAUCAACAUAGGGUGACCUACAGGGGAAUGGACAGGGCAGAUCAACAUAGGGGAAUGGACAGGGCAGAUCAACAUAGGGUGACCUACAGGGGAAUGGACAGGGCAGAUCAACAUAGGGUGACCUACAGGGGAAUGGACAGGGCAGAUCAACAUAGGGUGACCUACAGGGGAAUGGACAGGGCAGAUCAACACAGGGUGACCUACAGGGGAAUGGACAGGGCAGAUCAACACAGGGUGACCUACAGGGGAAUGGACAGGGCAGAUCAACAUAGGGGAAUGGACAGGGCAGAUCAACAUAGGGUGACCUACAGGGGAAUGGACAGGGCAGAUCAACACAGGGUGACCUACAGGGGAAUGGACAGGGCAGAUCAACAUAGGGUGACCUACAGGGGAAUGGACAGGGCAGAUCAACACAGGGUGACCUACAGGGGAAUGGACAGGGCAGAUCAACACAGGGUGACCUACAGGGGAAUGGACAGGGCAGAUCAACACAGGGUGACCUACAGGGGAAUGGACAGGGCAGAUCAACACAGGGUGACCUACAGGGGACUGGACAGGGCAGAUCAACACAGGGUGACCUACAGGGGAAUGGACAGGGCAGAUCAACACAGGGUGACCUACAGGGGAAUGGACAGGGCAGAUCAACAUAGGGGAAUGGACAGGGCAGAUCAACACAGGGUGACCUACAGGGGAGUGGACAGGGCAGAUCAACACAGGGUGACCUACAGGGGAAUGGACAGGGCAGAUCAACACAGGGUGACCUACAGGGGAAUGGACAGGGCAGAUCAACACAGGGUGACCUACAGGGGAAUGGACAGGGCAGAUCAACACAGGGUGACCUACAGGGGAAUGGACAGGGCAGAUCAACACAGGGUGACCUACAGGGGAAUGGACAGGGCAGAUCAACACAGGGUGACCUACAGGGGAAUGGACAGGGCAGAUCAACACAGGGUGACCUACAGGGGAAUGGACAGGGCAGCUCAACACAGGGUGACCUACAGGGGAAUGGACAGGGCAGCUCAACACAGGGGUGACCUACAGGGGAAUGGACAGGGCAGAUCAACACAGGGUGACCUACAGGGGAAUGGACAGGGCAGCUCAACACAGGGUGGCCUACAGGGGAAUGGACAGGGCAGCUCAACACAGGGUGGCCUACAGGGGAAUGGACAGGGCAGAUCAACACAGGGUGACCUACAGGGGAAUGGACAGGGCAGAUCAACACAGGGUGACCUACAGGGGAAUGGACAGGGCAGAUCAACACAGGGUGACCUACAGGGGAGUGGACAGGGCAGAUCAACACAGGGUGACCUACAGGGGAAUGGACAGGGCAGAUCAACACAGGGUGACCUACAGGGGAAUGGACAGGGCAGAUCAACACAGGGUGACCUACAGGGGAAUGGACAGGGCAGAUCAACACAGGGGACCUACAGGGGACUGGGCAAUGGGCAAUCAACCAGGGUGACCUACAGGGGAAUGGACAGGGCAGAUCAACACAGGGUGACCUACAGGGGAGUGGACAGGGCAGAUCAACACAGGGUGACCUACAGGGGAAUGGACAGGGCAGAUCAACACAGGGUGGCCUACAGGGGAAUGGACAGGGCAGAUCAACACAGGGUGACCUACAGGGGAAUGGACAGGGCAGAUCAACACAGGGUGACCUACAGGGGAAUGGACAGGGCAGAUCAACACAGGGUGACCUACAGGGGAGUGGACAGGGCAGAUCAACACAGGGUGACCUACAGGGGAAUGGACAGGGCAGAUCAACACAGGGUGACCUACAGGGGAAUGGACAGGGCAGAUCAACACAGGGUGACCUACAGGGGAAUGGACAGGGCAGAUCAACACAGGGUGACCUACAGGGAAUGGACAGGGCAGAUCAACACAGGGUGACCUACAGGGGAAUGGACAGGGCAGAUCAACACAGGGUGACCUACAGGGAAUGGACAGGGCAGAUCAACACAGGGUGACCUACAGGGGAAUGGACAGGGCAGCUCAACACAGGGUGACCUACAGGGGAAUGGACAGGGCAGCUCAACACAGGGUGACCUACAGGGGAAUGGACAGGGCAGCUCAACACAGGGUGACCUACAGGGGAAUGGACAGGGCAGCUCAACACAGGGUGACCUAUAGGGGAAUAGACAGGGCAGCUCAACACAGGGUGGCCUACAGGGGAAUGGACAGGGCAGAUCAACACAGGGUGACCUACAGGGGAAUGGACAGGGCAGAUCAACACAGGGUGACCUACAGGGGAAUGGACAGGGCAGAUCAACACAGGGUGACCUACAGGGGAAUGGACAGGGCAGAUCAACACAGGGUGGCCUACAGGGGAAUGGACAGGGCAGAUCAACACAGGGUGACCUACAGGGGAAUGGACAGGGCAGCUCAACACAGGGUGACCUUCAGGGGAAUGGACAGGGCAGAUCAACACAGGGUGACCUUCAGGGGAAUGGACAGGGCAGAUCAACACAGGGUGACCUACAGGGGAAUGGACAGGGCAGAUCAACACAGGGUGACCUACAGGGGAAUGGACAGGGCAGAUCAACACAGGGUGACCUACAGGGGAAUGGACAGGGCAGAUCAACACAGGGUGACCUACAGGGGAAUGGACAGGGCAGAUCAACACAGGGUGACCUACAGGGGAAUGGACAGGGCAGCUCUGUGUGGGUGGGGGGGGGGGGCGCUCUAUCAGCUGACUGGGCCCAGGGAGCGUGCCGCUGGCUGAUGGAGCGGCGCCGAGGGAGACUGCAGUGUUUGGAAUGGGCUAGAGGGGAAACUGCUAUACGCUGUCUUUACUGGACAUGGCUUCCCUUGGCAGCCUGACUUGUUUUCCCGCUAGCCUUCCAUCAGUAGACUUAUUGGAGCCAUUUUAGCAAUAGCUUUUCAUUUAGGUGUAAUUAAACAGCUCUAAUAGUAUUUUCAUUCAUUAAAGUCUAUUUUCUGUGUGCCUGCGUGCCCGUGUGUGCGUGUGUGUGUGUGUGCGCCUGCAUGCCCGUGUGUGUAUGUGUGCGUGUCCUUAUGUUUGUGGUGUGCAUUCGUCCCCCCUGUUUGUGUGUGUAGCUGGAGGAUCAGCGGAACAGUCAGAAGCAAAUGCGUGUCCUGCAGAAGAAACAGUCUCAGCUGGUGCAGGAGACGGACCACCUGAGGAAUGAACACAGCAAGGCCAUCCUGGCGCGCAGCAAACUGGAGUCACUCUGUAGGGAGCUGCAGAGGCACAAUCGCACACUCAAGGUAAAGGAUGGUGAAGCUGGUGUUUACAGUAGGUAAAGGAUGGUGAAGCUGGUGUUUACACUAGGUAAAGGAUGGUGAAGCUGGUGUUUACUCUAGGUAAAGGAUGGUGAAGCUGGUGUUUACACUAGGUAAAGGAUGGUGAAGCUGGUGUUUACACUAGGUAAAGGAUGGUGAAGCUGGUGUUUACUCUAGGUAAAGGAUGGUGAAGCUGGUGUUUACACUAGGUAAAGGAUGGUGAAGCUGGUGUUUACACUAAGUAAAGGAUGGUGAAGCUGGUGUUUACUCUAGGUAAAGGAUGGUGAAGCUGGUGUUUACAGUAGGUAAAGGAUGGUGAAGCUGGUGUUUACACUAGGUAAAGGAUGGUGAAGCUGGUGUUUACACUAGGUAAUGGAUGGUGAAGCUGGUGUUUACAGUAGGUAAAGGAUGGUGAAGCUGGUGUUUACAGUAGGUAAAGGAUGGUGAAGCUGGUGUUUACACUAGGUAAAGGAUGGUGAAGCUGGUGUUUACACUAGGUAAAGGAUGGUGAAGCUGGUGUUUACACUAGGUAAAGGAUGGUGAAGCUGGUGUUUACAGUAGGUAAAGGAUGGUGAAGCUGGUGUUUACACUAGGUAAAGGAUGGUGAAGCUGGUGUUUACACUAGGUAAAGGAUGGUGAAGCUGGUGUUUACACUAGGUAAAGGAUGGUGAAGCUGGUGUUUACACUAGGUAAAGGAUGGUGAAGCUGGUGUUUACACCAGGUAAAGGAUGGUGAAGCUGGUGUUUACAGUAGGUAAAGGAUGGUGAAGCUGGUGUUUACACUAGGUAAUGGAUGGUGAAGCUGGUGUUUACAGUAGGUAAAGGAUGGUGAAGCUGGUGUUUACAGUAGGUAAAGGAUGGUGAAGCUGGUGUUUACACUAGGUAAAGGAUGGUGAAGCUGGUGUUUACACUAGGUAAAGGAUGGUGAAGCUGGUGUUUACAGUAGGUAAAGGAUGGUGAAGCUGGUGUUUACACUAGGUAAAGGAUGGUGAAGCUGGUGUUUACACUAGGUAAAGGAUGGUGAAGCUGGUGUUUACACUAGGUAAAGGAUGGUGAAGCUGGUGUUUACACUAGGUAAAGGAUGGUGAAGCUGGUGUUUACAGUAGGUAAAGGAUGGUGAAGCUGGUAUUAACACUAGGUAAAGGAUGGUGAAGCUGGUGUUUACACUAGGUAAAGGAUGGUGAAGCUGGUGUUUACACUAGGUAAAGGAUGGUGAAGCUGGUGAUUACACUAGGUAAAGGAUGGUGAAGCUGGUGUUUACACUAGGUAAAGGAUGGUGAAGCUGGUGUUUACACUAGGUAAAGGAUGGUGAAGCUGGUGUUUACACUAGGUAAAGGAUGGUGAAGCUGGUGAUUACACUAGGUAAAGGAUGGUGAAGCUGGUGUUUACACUAGGUAAAGGAUGGUGAAGCUGGUGUUUACACUAGGUAAAGGAUGGUGAAGCUGGUGUUUACACUAGGUAAAGGAUGGUGAAGCUGGUGUUUACUCUAGGUAAAGGAUGGUGAAGCUGGUGUUUACUCUAGGUAAAGGAUGGUGAAGCUGGUGUUUACACUAGGUAAAGGAUGGUGAAGCUGGUGUUUACACUAGGUAAAGGAUGGUGAAGCUGGUGUUUACACUAGGUAAAGGAUGGUGAAGCUGGUGUUUACACUAGGUAAAGGAUGGUGAAGCUGGUGUUUACACUAGGUAAAGGAUGGUGAAGCUGGUGUUUACACUAGGUAAAGGAUGGUGAAGCUGGUGUUUACAGUAGGUAAAGGAUGGUGAAGCUGGUGUUUACAGUAGGUAAAGGAUGGUGAAGCUGGUGUUUACACUAGGUAAAGGAUGGUGAAGCUGGUGUUUACACUAGGUAAAGGAUGGUGAAGCUGGUGUUUACACUAGGUAAAGGAUGGUGAAGCUGGGACUUACACUAGGUAUAGGAUGGUGAAGCUGGUGUUUACACUAGGUAAAGGAUGGUGAAGCUGGUGUUUACACUAGGUAAAGGAUGGUGAAGCUGGUGUUUACACUAGGUAAAGGAUGGUGAAGCUGGUGUUUACAGUAGGUAAAGGAUGGUGAAGCUGGGACUUACACUAGGUAAAGGAUGGUGAAGCUGGUGUUUACACUAGGUAAAUGAUGGUGAAGCUGGUGUUUACUCUAGGUAAUGGAUGGUGAAGCUGGUGUUUACACUAGGUAAAGGAUGGUGAAGCUGGUGUUUACACUAGGUAAAUGAUGGUGAAGCUGGUGUUUACUCUAGGUAAUGGAUGGUGAAGCUGCUGUUUACUCUAGGUAAUGGAUGGUGAAGCUGGUGUUUACACUAGGUAAAGGAUGGUGAAGCUGGUGUUUACAGUAGGUAAAGGAUGGUGAAGCUGGUGUUUACACUAGGUAAAGGAUGGUGAAGCUGGUGUUUACACUAGGUAAAGGAUGGUGAAGCUGGUGAUUACACUAGGUAAAGGAUGGUGAAGCUGGUGAUUACACUAGGUAAAGGAUGGUGAAGCUGGUGAUUACACUAGGUAAAGGAUGGUGAAGCUGGUGUUUACACUAGGUAAAGGAUGGUGAAGCUGGUGUUUACACUAGGUAAAGGAUGGUGAAGCUGGGACUUACACUAGGUAAAGGAUGGUGAAGCUGGUGUUUACACUAGGUAAAGGAUGGUGAAGCUGGUGUUUACACUAGGUAAAGGAUGGUGAAGCUGGUGUUUACAGUAGGUAAAGGAUGGUGAAGCUGGGACUUACACUAGGUAAAGGAUGGUGAAGCUGGUGUUUACACUAGGUAAAUGAUGGUGAAGCUGGUGUUUACUCUAGGUAAUGGAUGGUGAAGCUGGUGUUUACACUAGGUAAAGGAUGGUGAAGCUGGUGUUUACACUAGGUAAAUGAUGUUGAAGCUGGUGUUUACUCUAGGUAAUGGAUGGUGAAGCUGGUGUUUACUCUAGGUAAUGGAUGGUGAAGCUGGUGUUUACACUAGGUAAAGGAUAGUGAAGCUGGUAUUAACACUAGGUAAAGGAUGGUGAAAUGGUUUUUACAGUAGGUAAAGGAUGGUGAAGCUGGUAUUUACAGUAGGUAAAGGAUGGUGAAGCAGUUGCUCACACUUGUACCUUUUUCACACUGGCUGGGCUAAGGCAAGCUGGGCUGGGCAGCACAGUACACUUUGUCAGCCCUAUAAUGUGAUUCAGUCAUCUCAGAUUGAUGAAGUGAACCGCUUUCAGGAAUAAAAUGGAGCCAUACAUUUUAAACUAACUUUAACCUGCUCUUGCAGGACGACGGGAUGCAGCGUGCACGUGUGGAGGAGGAGAAGAGGAAGGAGGUGACAUCACACUUCCAGGUGAGCCACUAGCGUCAUGUGAAGAAGGGAUCAAUAUUAAGUAUUUCCUUGAUGCCUUGAUUUAUUGCCUUGAUGGUCUGCAGUGAGUGUUGAGAAAUCUAGGAAAUAUUUUGGACAUUCACCCAAGGACUAAACACUUCUGUCUACUUCCUGGUUGGUGUCCAUUGUGCUGUUGCAUCCCAGGUGACUCUGUAUGACAUCGAGGCCCAGAUGGAACAACAUAAUGAGAGGAAUGCCAGUCUGAGGCAGGAGAACUCUGAGCUGGCAGAGAAGCUCAAGAAACUCAUCCAACAGUACGAACUACGAGAGGAGGUGUGUGUUUGGAGUGGGGAGAACGGUGUGUGUGUGUGUCUUUGGAGUGGGGAGAACGGUGUGUGUGUUUGGAGUGGGGAGAACGGUGUGUGUGUGUGUCUUUGGAGUGGGGAGAACGGUGUGUGUGUUUGGAGUGGGGAGAACGGUGUGUGUGUGUUUGGAGUGGGGAGAACGGUGUGUGUGUGUGUCUUUGGAGUGGGGAGAACGGUGUGUGUGUUUGGAGUGGGGAGAACGGUGUGUGUGUGUCUUUGGAGUGGGGAGAACGGUGUGUGUUUGGAGUGGGGAGAACGGUGUGUGUGUGUUUGGAGUGGGGAGAACGGUGUGUGGGUGGUGUGUGUUUGGAGUGGGGAGAACGGUGUGGUGUGUGUGUGUUUGGAGUGGGGAGAACGGUGUGUGUGUGUGUGUUUGGAGUGGGGAGAACGGUGUGUGUGGUGUGUGUUUGGAGUGGGGGGAACGGUGUGUGUGUGUGUUUGGAGUGGGGGGAACAGUGUGUGUGGUGUGUUUGGAGUGGGGGGAACAGGUGUGUGUGUGUGUUUGGAGUGGGGGGAACGGUUGUGUGUGUGUGUCUUUGGAGUGGGGAGAACGGUGUGUGUGUGUGUGUUUGGAGUGGGGAGAACGGUGUGUGUGUGUGUGUUUGGAGUGGGGAGAACGGUGUGUGUGUGUGUGUUUGGAGUGGGGAGAACGGUGUGUGUGUUUGGAGUGGGGAGAACGGUGUGUGUGUUUGGAGUGGGGAGAACGGUGUGUGUGUGUGUGUUUGGAGUGGGGAGAACGGUGUGUGUGUGUUUGGAGUGGGGAGAACGGUGUGUGUGUGUUUGGAGUGGGGAGAACGGUGUGUGUGUGUGUGUGUGUGUUUGGAGUGGGGAGAACGGUGUGUGUGUGGAGUGGGGAGAACGGUGUGUGUGUUUGGAGUGGGGAGAACGGUGUGUGUGUGUGUGUGUGUGUGUGUGUGUGUGUGUGGAGUGGAGUGGGGAGAACGGUGUGUGUUCUGUGAGGAGCAGACGGGAGUGUUUACAGCUUGAUUUGAGAUAGAAACAAAAAUAAUAUUUACAACAUGGACAUUUACUUGCAUAACUAAAGCACAGAGAAGGUGUAACUGCAGUAAAGGUCUGCCAAUGUUCUGGACAUGUGAGCGUUAACCCCCUGUCGUCUCUCACAGCACAUUGACAAGGUGUUCAAGCACAAGGACCUGCAGCAACAGUUGGUGGAUGCUAAGCUACACCAGGCUCAGGGCCUGCUCAUAGAGGCAGAGGACCGCCAUCACAGAGAGAAGGACUUUGUGAGUAACAGUAAAAUAGUUGUUUGGUAAAACACUAGUCAACAUACUCAACUCAAUGAGUAUAUGUAUUUAUUUAUGUAACGUUUUGCAGGAUGAAAUCUCUUGAUGCAUCUCGUUUUUCAAGUGUCCAAAUGAAGACAAACAAUACUUAGUAAUAAUAUGGCAACUAAAAACUACUGCCACAGCUAAUAGAAACUGCUGCCACAGCUAAUAAAAGAUACUGCCACAGCUAAUAAAAACUACUGCCACAGCUAAUAAAAACUACUGCCACAGCUAAUAAAAACUACUGCCACAGCUAAUAAAAGAUACUGCCACAGCUAAUAAAAACUACUGCCACGGCUAAUAAAAGAUACUGCCACAGCUAAUAAAAACUACUGCCACAGCUAAUAAAAGAUACUGCCACAGCUAAUAAAAGAUACUGCCACGGCUAAUAAAAACUACUGCCACGGCUAAUAAAAACUACUGCCACGGCUAAUGAAAGAUACUGCCACAGCUAAUAAAAGAUACUGCCACAGCUAAUAAAAGAUACUGCCACAGCUAAUAAAAGAUACUGCCACAGCUAAUAAAAGAUACUGCCACGGCUAAUAAAAACUACUGCCACAGCUAAUAAAAACUGCUGCCACAGCUAACAUAACUAAGUACCUAUCUUCACGUGAUGAUGUUUCUAUUAGUUAUAUGUCAGCUAUAUGAGAAUCAAACCCACAACUCUUAAUUUGUCUCAUGUUGUCUCGCCAGCUACUGAAGGAAGAGGCAGAGUCUCGGGAUGGGUAAGGGUUGGGCUCAUUUAGGGCUGACCUCAUUUAGUCAACUGGUCGAUUGUUUGGUCGAUAGACUGUUGGUCGACCGAGAUUUCUUUAGUCCAGCACUAGCAUAUAUAUAUAUAUAUAUAUAUAUAUAUAUAUAUAUAUAUAUAGCUCUGGAAAAAAAAUAAGAGACCACUGCAAAUUUUUCUUAAAUCAGCAUCUCUACAUGUAUGACAGCCAUUCCAUUCCAGUGUCUGUUGAAUUCCAACACAGGCACACCUCAUUCUACUGAAUUAGGUACGGAUUAGGCGAUUCACCUGAACCAAAUCUUAUUUAACGAGGAAAAGUAUAAAAACCACUGCUGUGGUCAUCACUAUCCUCUUGCAAUAGGACCAGCUGGAUGGCAAAAACAGUGCUAAUAGUACCUCAAAAGUAAUAUUAAUUAAAAAAAAUAACUAUUGAUCAUGCCAAAAGAGUUGAAAAGGAAAGUUUUGAGUGAGGAAAAGAAGGGUUCAAUUCUGGCUUUACUGGCAGAGGGAUGCAGUGAGCGUCCGGUUGCUUCCAUCCUUAAAAUUUCAAAGAAGGCGCUUCAUAAGAACAAGGUCAAGCAGAAGACAUUUGGGACAACAAAGCUACAGACCGGCAGAGGGCAAAAACGACUCUACAGACCGGGAUGACCGCCAACUCAUUCGAAUGUCACUCAACAACCAUAGGAUGACAUCAAGUGACCUACAAAAAGAAUGGCAAACGGCAGCUGGGGUGAAGUGCACGGUGAGGACGGCUCGAAACAGGCUCCUAGGGGCAGGGCUGAAGUCGUGCAAAGCUAGAAAAAAGCCCUUCAUAAAUGAGAAGCAAAGAAGAGCCAGGCUGAGGUUUGCAAAAGACCAUAAGGAUUGGACCGUAGAGGACUGGAGUAAGGUCAUCUUCUCUGAUGAGUCCAAUUUUCAGCUUUGCCCAACACCUGGUCGUCUAAUGGUUAGACGGAGACCUGGAGAGGCCUACAAGCCACAGUGUCUCACACCCACUGUGAAAUUUGGUGGAGGAUCAGUGAUGAUCUGGGGGUCCUUCAGCAAGGCUGGAAUCGGGCAGAUUUGUCUUUGUGAAGGACGUAUGAAUCAAGCCACGUACAAGGUUGUCCUGAAAGAAAACGUGCUUCCUUUUGUUCUGACAUUGUUCCCCAACUCUGAGGAUUGGUUUUUCCAGCAGGACAAUGCGCCAUGCCACACAGCCAGGUCAAUCAAGUUGUGGAUGGAGGACCACCAGAUCAAGACCCUGUCAUGGCCAGCCCAAUCUCCAGACCUGAACCCCAUUGAAAACUUCUGGAAUGUGAUCAAGAGGAAGAUGGAUGGUCACAAGCCAUCAAACAAAGCCGAGCUGCUUGAACUUUUGCGCCAGGAGUGGCAUAAAGUCACCCAACAUCAAUGUGAAAGACUGGUGGAGAGCAUGCCAAGACACAUGAAAGCUGUGAUUGAAAAUCAGGGUUAUUCCACCAAAUAUUGAUUUCUGAACUCUUCCUAAAUUUAAAACAUUAUUGUGUUGUUUAAAAAUGAACAUGAACUUAUUUUCUUUGCAUUAUUCGAGGUCUAACAACACUACAUAUUUUUUGUUAUUUUGACCAGUUUUAAUUUACUGCAAAUAAAUGCUCUAAAUCUUACAAAAUAUAUUUGGAAUUUGGGGAAAAUGUUGUCAGUAGUUUAUAGAAUAAAACAAAAAUGUUAAUUUCACCUCACGCAACCACAAUAAACAAUUUAGGAUAAACAAUUUCACAAAUGUGUCUGUUUUUAAUCUUUGCUAUACUUUUUUUUUUCUGUUAGACCAGCAUCUGGUAUUAUUUAUUUGUUUUGUUUGUUUACAAAUUGUCGGAAAAUAUAUUUAUAAUAAUAAUAACCCUCCUUUUUCCUUGAUCUCCUUAUUAUUAUGAUGAUGAUGAUCAUAAGUAAUGUCAUUAUCAUUAGUAGUCUUAGUAUAGCAGCCUUGUAUAACCACCAUUGAGCUGUAGGCCUAUGAGCUCAUCCUGUUUAGUCUUAAUACCGUAACUUACUUAGGCUUAUAGUUCAAUACUUUAUAUAGGCUACUGUAUCAAUCAAUCCUUUAUUUGUUCAUGUCAUCACACAGCAUAGCAUAGGAGUCGUACGUGAUUUUGAAACGCGAUCAAGCGUUUUUAGUUUUUAAAAUAAAUAAGGCAACCAUUUGAAUAAUUAAUGUGUGUAAACAAUAAAUAGGCCUAAACUGUUCCAUUUCGGAAAAUUGCAUUCAUGAAUGAAUGCGACUGUUUUUAGUCUUUGCGUUUAAUAAAGGCUUUACCACAAACAAACAAAAACUUUGCAACAGACUCUCUGGUGCACUUACAAAUGGCAUAUUAUUAUUAUUAUUAUUAUUACUUAUCAUUUAUUUUUGUGUUUACAUUGUUCCAAACGGUUAGAAAAUGUAUAUUGUAAUAUAACAGCACCUGUUUGGCACAAACAAUAUGCACGCAGCGCUUCUCCUUACCUUAUUUUUCUUGAUAUCCAGUAUUUUCCACAACUAGUCAAAUUUGUUCCACACAUCGUGACUUUCACUUUCUGAGCAACCAGUAAACAUUCCCCCCGUUUUCGAGUGUGUCACUUCCUCUGCAUCCGUUUCCUAAACAAAUGAGGGAUUUCGGUAACACGGCUUCUCAGUCAGAAAUGGCUGUAAUUAUGGUGCAGCUUCAUCAACACAGGCAGCGCGAUACACACUGCUGAUGUUCAUCAACACAGGCAGCGCGAUACACACUGCUGAUGUUCAUCAACACAGGCAGCGCGAUACACACUGCUGAUGUUCAUCAACACAGGCAGCGCGAUACACACUGCUGAUGUUCAUCAACACAGGCAGCGCGAUACACACUGCUGAUGUUCAUCAACACAGGCAGCGCGAUAAACACUGCUGAUGUUCAUCAACACAGGCAGCGCGAUAAACACUGCUGAUGUUCAUCAACACAGGCAGCGCGAUAAACACUGCUGAUGUUCAUCAACACAGGCAGCGCGAUACACACUGCUGAUGUUCAUCAACACAGGCAGCGCGAUAAACACUGCUGAUGUUCAUCAACACAGGCAGCGCGAUACACACUGCUGAUGUUCAUCAACACAGGCAGCGCGAUAACCACUGCUGAUGUUCAUCAACACAGGCAGCGCGAUAACCACUGCUGAUGUUCAUCAACACAGGCAGCGCGAUAAACACUGCUGAUGUUCAUCAACACAGGCAGCGCGAUACACACUGCUGAUGUUCAUCAACACAGGCAGCGCGAUAAACACUGCUGAUGUUCAUCAACACAGGCAGCGCGAUACAAACUGCUGAUGUUCAUCAACACAGGCAGCGCGAUAAACACUGCUGAUGUUCAUCAACACAGGCAGCGCGAUAAACACUGCUGAUGUUCAUCAACACAGGCAGCGCGAUAAACACUGCUGAUGUUCAUCAACACAGGCAGCGCGAUACACACUGCUGAUGUUCAUCAACACAGGCAGCGCGAUAAACACUGCUGAUGUUCAUCAACACAGGCAGCGCGAUACACACUGCUGAUGUUCAUCAACACAGGCAGCGCGAUAAACACUGCUGAUGUUCAUCAACACAGGCAGCGCGAUAAACACUGCUGAUGUUCAUCAACACAGGCAGCGCGAUAAACACUGCUGAUGUUCAUCAACACAGGCAGCGCGAUACACACUGCUGAUGUUCAUCAACACAGGCAGCGCGAUAAACACUGCUGAUGUUCAUCAACACAGGCAGCGCGAUACACACUGCUGAUGUUCAUCAACACAGGCAGCGCGAUAAACACUGCUGAUGUUCAUCAACACAGGCAGCGCGAUACACACUGCUGAUGUUCAUCAACACAGGCAGCGCGAUACACACUGCUGAUGUUCAUCAACACAGGCAGCGCGAUACACACUGCUGAUGUUCAUCAACACAGGCAGCGCGAUAAACACUGCUGAUGUUCAUCAACACAGGCAGCGCGAUACACACUGCUGAUGUUCAUCAACACAGGCAGCGCGAUAAACACUGCUGAUGUUCAUCAACACAGGCAGCGCGAUACACACUGCUGAUGUUCAUCAACACAGGCAGCGCGAUAAACACUGCUGAUGUUCUGGUCGCUGCAGCGAGGAGAAGAGGGAGGAGCUUAGUCACGCACGGCACAGCAAGUCUGAACCCGGCCUGGCACAAUCAAAUCAAUUGCGGUCGGACUCCCUCUAGUCAUUUUGUGUCUUUUUUUAAAUUAUUUAAUCAACCAGUCUGCUUAAAGCAUCAGAGCUCAGUGCAUGUACAGUAGCAGUCCAAAGUUUGGACACACCUACUCAUUCAAGGGUUUAAUCUUUAUUUUUUACAUUGUAGAAUAAUAGUGAAGACAUCACAACUGUGAAAUAACACAUAUGGAAUCAUGUAGUAACCCAAAAAAGUGUUAAACAAAUCAAAAUAUAUUUGAGAUUCUUCAAAUAACCACUCUUUGCCUUGAUGACAGCUUUGCACACUCUUGGCAUUUGAUUAAAACACAUAGGAUGUGUCUAUGUAUGGAAAAAUACACGUAAUUUUUUUUGGGACCAAUCGUUUGGUCAAAGGAGGAAAAAAAGUCUGGACAGCCCUAGUCUCAUGUUUCUCCAACUGCUGAAGGAAGAGGUGGAGUUUCAGAGGGUGGGUUCGGGUUGUUCUCAUGUUAGUCUCAUGUUGUCUCUCCAGCUGCUGAAGGAAGAGGUGGAGUUUCAGAGGGUGGGUUGGGGUUGUUCUCAUGUCAGUCUCAUGUUGUCUCUCCAGCUGCUGAAGGAAGAGGUGGAGUUUCAGAGGGUGGGUUGGGGUUGUUCUCAUGUCAGUCUCAUGUUGUCUCUCCAGCUGCUGAAGGAAGAGGUGGUUUCAGAGGGUGGGUUGGGGUUGUUCUCAUGUCAGUCUCAUGUUGUCUCUCCAGCUGCUGAAGGAAGAGGUGGAGUUUCAGAGGGUGGGUUGGGGUUGUUCUCAUGUCAGUCUCAUGUUGUCUCUCCAGCUGCUGAAGGAAGCAUUAGAGUCUCAGAGGAUGAGUGAGCUGAUGAAGCAGCAAGAGGUGCAUCUCAAACAACAGGUAACUAUCUCUACAGAGUGGGUGCUCUAUGAUAAACCUCUGGACAGAGUGGGUGCUCUAUGAUAAACCUCUGGACAGAGUGGGUGCUCUAUGAUAAACCUCUGGACAGAGUGGGUGCUCUAUGAUAAACCUCUGGACAGAGUGGGUGCUCUAUGAUAAACCUCUGGACAGAGUGGGUGCUCUAUGAUAAACCUCUGGACAGAGUGGGUGCUCUAUGAUAAACCUCUGGACAGAGUGGGUGCUCUAUGAUAAACCUCUGGACAGAGUGGGUGCUCUAUGAUAAACCUCUGGACAGAGUGGGUGCUCUAUGAUAAACCUCAGGACAGAGUGGGUGCUCUAUGAUAAACCUCUGGACAGAGUGGGUGCUCUAUGAUCGACAUCUAGCUAUAUGAUAAACAUCCUCACUGUUUCUGCUGAGCUGCAAAAGGUAAUAUGUGAAUUUAAUCUCCGCCCUGUUCUGCCUGUCUCCCCACCCAGCUGUCCUUAUACACAGAGAAGUUUGAGGAGUUCCAGAGCACUCUUUCAAAGAGCAAUGAGGUGUUCACCACCUUCAAACAGGAGAUGGAGAAGGUGAGCCUGUGUGUGUGUGUGUUAAGAUGUAGGCUGACCCAUGUUUGAGUCCGAAGACCUGCCAACCGUCACACAAUUUGAGGUGACAGUACGCUGGUAUGAAAAACUAUCCAAAAAAUAGGCUUCUAGUUUGACACAUUGUGUUUUUUUUUGACUCAACCGUCUGAAGUUGGAGCUGAGCCAAUCAGAGGACUUGGGCGAGGAUAAAAAAAUAUCUAGCUCUCCUCUCCAGCCAGCCUGCCGUAGUCAUAGCCGUAGCCGUAGUCGUAGCCGUAGCCGUAGUCGUAGCCGUAGUCGUAGCCGUAGUUGUAGCAGUAGUCGUAGCCGUAGUCGUAGCCGUAGUUGUAGCCGUAGUUGUAGCCGUAGUCGUAGUUGUAGCCGUAGUCGUAGCCGUAGCCGUAGCCGUAGUUGUAGCCGUAGUUGUAGCCGUAGUCGUAGCCGUAGUUGUAGCCGUAGUCGUAGCCGUAGCCGUAGCCGUAGUUGUAGCCGUAGCCGUAGUUGUAGCCGUAGUCGUAGUCGUAGCCGUAGUUGUAGCCGUAGUUGUAGCCGUAGCCGUAGCCGUAGUUGUAGCCGUAGUUGUAGCGUAGUUGUAGCCGUAGCCGUAGUUGUAGCCGUAGUUGUAGCCGUAGCCGUAGUUGUAGCCGUAGUUGUAGCCGUAGUUGUAGCCGUAGCCGUAGUUGUAGCCGUAGCCGUAGUUGUAGCCGUAGUCGUAGCCGUAGUUGUAGCCGUAGCCGUAGUUGUAGCCGUAGUUGUAGCCGUAGCCGUAGUUGUAGCCGUAGCCGUAGUUGUAGCCGUAGCCGUAGUUGUAGCCGUAGCUGUAGCCGUAGUUGUAGCCGUAGUUGUAGCCGUAGCCGUAGUUGUAGCCGUAGCCGUAGUUGUAGCCGUAGUUGUAGCCGUAGCCGUAGUUGUAGCCGUAGCCGUAGUCGUAGCCGUAGUUGUAGCCGUAGUUGUAGCCGUAGCCGUAGUUGUAGCCGUAGUUGUAGCCGUAGCCGUAGUUGUAGCGUAGCCGUAGUUGUAGCCGUAGUUGUAGCCGUAGUUGUAGCCGUAGCCGUAGUUGUAGCGUAGCCGUAGUUGUAGCCGUAGCCGUAGUUGUAGCCGUAGCCGUAGUCGUAGCCGUAGCGUAGCCGUAGUACUGUUUUUCUCCCUAGAGCUGGAUGGCAACUCUCCACUGUCUGUUGAUCCCUCUGAUGUGUGAGGGGGGAAAAGGGGUAGGGAAAAUGGAGAACAAACUGUUUGUCAAAUACAUUUUCCACUAUGUGUUAGUUAAGCACAUAACACAGGGGUUUGCCAAACUCUGUCCUGGGGCCCCUCCUGGGUGCACAUUUUAGUUUUUUUGCCCUAGCACUACACCGCUGAUUUGAAAUAAUCAACUAAUCAUCAAGCUUUGAUUAUUUGAAUCAGCUGUGUAGUGCUAGGACAAAAACCAAAACGUGCACCCCUUGGGGUUCCGGGGGACCGAGUUUGGUAAACACUGACAUAACCACUAUUAUUUCAUAGUUAGCUCCUUAGCUAAGGCGUCAAAAUACGACAGAGGUAGUUAGCUACAGCCUACAGUCUACUAAGCGAGAACACUUUUCUUGCCCGCACAUGCUUUGAGCUCCGCAAAGACGGUGGUGGGCGUGAGUGCGUUGCCGAGCGAAGGAAACGUGCGGCGUUUGCGGUACUUGGGUGUGCGGCGCUGCGUGGAUGGAAACCGACGUGGCAGAGAGAGCUGUUCCGCUAAUACAGACCUUCACAGAAAGUGAUGGGACACUGUUAAAAGAUGAGCAGGCCUGUGUUUUUUUUUUUUUUAUGAAUCCGUUGUGGAUCUGUCCUCUUCAUAUUGCUGGAGGUCAACAGUAGGCUGCUGAUGAUGUCAUAAUAGUCAGUUCACCGAUGACGACAAGGCACGUAGAAUGAAUGGUAGCCUAGUAGUCUGACCUAACCUGAUGGAUGGAGAUCUGAAACAAGCUCAUAUAGGUUUAGUUCAGUUGUUUCAUUUUCCAAAUAGCCUACAAACAGGAAGCUACACUACUACAUUAUUACAUCCAGUAAUUGAAUUAUUCAGAAUUUUAUCCCCCAAACAAAAUGAAGAGGCCAGUUUAGUGAAAAUCUAGAUUAUCCACAUAAUGACACCUUUUGGGCUACCGAGUGGCGCAGCGGUCUAAGGCACCGCAUCUCAGUGCUUGAGGCGUCACUACAGACCCCCUGGUUCGACUCCAGGCUGUAUCACAACCGGCUGUGAUUGGGAGUCCCAUAGGGCGGCACACACACUUGGCCCAGCGUCAUCCGGGUUUGGCCGGUGUAGGCCGUCAUUGUAAAUAAGAAUUUGUUCUUAACUGACUUGCCUGGUUAAAUAAAGGUUUAAAUAAAUAAAUAAAACAAUUGCAGGGAAAUAUCUAAAAUGUUCCACUUCAUAUUCAUCAUCUCCAGCACCACCCCAACAUCCACAUACUGAAUGGGAUAACGGCGCUUUUCUAUGUUUUGUAGUAAAAAAAGAUAGAGGAAGAUGUGUUUCCGAUGACAUCAUCGACCAGUUAGUAGGAAGUAAGGAGGCAAUGCCGCCUCAUAAUUGGUUAAAAUCACACGAUGCACACCGAUGAUGUCAUUGGGAAGACUUGUCUUCCUCAAUCUUUUUUUACUGCAAAACAUAGAAAAGCGCCGUUAUCCCAUUCAGUAUGUGGAUGUUGGGGUGGUGCUGGAGAUGAUGAAUAUGAAGUGGAACAUUGUGAAAUUUCCCUUUUUAAUUAGAAUAAUCAUUAACCCUAAAUUUUACCUAGAAUAAUCUGGACGUUUUAUUGAGACCACCUCAAUUUCAUUUAUGAUCAAACAUAAGACUUCUGUGUUGGCUACAUUGUUUGAUAUAAUUUAAGACUCUAGGUUUAAAUAUAUAUAUCCAAUUGUUCCAACUUCCUUAGGGGGAAGUUGACUGACCCCCUCCGGACCUCCCCCCUACCCAACCUUAGGCCCCCUCCGGACCUCCCCCCUACCCAACCUUAGGCCCCCUCCGGACCUCCCCCCUACCCAACCUUAGGCCCCCUCCGGACCUCCCCCCUACCCAACCUUAGGCCCCCUCCGGACCUCCCCCCUACCCAACCUUAGGCCUACACAGAGACUUCAUGCCCAUAGGGGGCAAGUGGCCAGUCAGAUUUGUACUGGUAAAAUACCAGUUAGCAAUUUUAUGAAGUUGGCUUUAGCUUUCCCAGAUAGUUAUAAGGUUGGGAACCUAUCUACCAAGAAGCCAUUUCAAGCUAUCAAUCAAGUUAAGAGUAGCUAGCUUGUCUAUAAAAUAAGGAAACCGUAACAUAAAGGCUCUUAAUAGGGCGUUGGGGCCAUCACGAGCCAGAACGUCUUCACUGCACCUUGGCGUAGAUUCCACAAGAGUCUGGAACUCUAAUGGAGGGAUGCGACACCAUUCUUCCGCAAUAAAUUCCAUCAUUUCGUGUUUUUGUUGGUUGAUGGUGGUGGAGAACGCUGUCUCAGGCGCCGUUCCAGAAUCUCCAACGAGUGUUUUUUAAUUGGGUUGAGAUCUAGUGACUGAGACGGCCAUGGCAUCGUUUUCAUGCUCAUCAAACCAUUCAGUGACCCCUCAUUUAUUCAAGUGUUUUCAUUAUUUUGGCAGUUACCUUUAUCUUAGCUGGCAUGCCUGGUUGACUUUAGAAAAGAUAGCAAUAACUAAAUGUCUGAAUUAGACUCGCAUUCCUUUGUCUUUUACCCAGAUUUUAGCAGAGAAGCAUAAUUUGUUUCUUUGAAAAUAAAAACGACACCAGUCAGGAGGAUACAGACAGCGCAAGACAUAUGCUUAGAUAUGAAAAAUAUCUUAUAUAUUUUUUUUUAAAUAUAGAAUUAAGCAUACUGAUUAUGGCUCUAGAUUGCAGGAAAAAGCUUUUUCAGAUGUAUGAAAAAUUCAAAAUUCUCCAAAUUACGGAGCCAGCCAUCCUCACGUACAGUGGGGAAAAAAGUAUUUAGUCAGCCACCAAUUGUGCAAGUUCUCCCACUUAAAAAGAUGAGAGAGGCCUGUAAUUUUCAUCAUAGGUACACGUCAACUAUGACAGACAAAUUGAUAAAACAAAAUCCAGAAAAUCACAUUGUAGGAUUUUUUAUGAAUUUAUUUGCAAAUUAUGGUGGAAAAAAGUAUUUGGUCACCUACAAACAAGCAAGAUUUCUGGCUCUCACAGACCUGUAACUUCUUCUUUAAGAGGCUGCUCUGUCCUCCACUCGUUACCUGUAUUAAUGGCACCUGUUUGAACUUGUUAUCAGUAUAAAAGACACCUGUCCACAACCUCAAACAGUCACACUCCAAACUCCACUAUGGCCAAGACCAAAGAGCUGUCAAAGGACACCAGAAACAAAAUUGUAGACCUGCACCAGGCUGGGAAGACUGAAUCUGCAAUAGGUAAGCAGCUUGGUUUGAAGAAAUCAACUGUGGGAGCAAUUAUUAGGAAAUGGAAGACAUACAAGACCACUGAUAAUCUCCCUCGAUCUGGGGCUCCACGCAAGAUCUCACCCCGUGGGGUCAAAAUGAUCACAAGAACGGUGAGCAAAAAUCCCAGAACCACACGGGGGUGCCUAGUGAAUGACCUGCAGAGAGCUGGGACCAAAGUAACAAAGCCUACCAUCAGUAACACACUACGCCGCCAGGGACUCAAAUCCUGCAGUGCCAGACGUGUCCCCCUGCUUAAGCCAGUACAUGUCCAGGCCCGUCUGAAGUUUGCUAGAGUGCAUUUGGAUGAUCCAGAAGAGGAUUGGGAGAAUGUCAUAUGGUCAGAUUAAACCAAAAUAGACGUUUUUGGUAAAAACUCAACUCGUCGUGUUUAGAGGACAAAGAAUGCUGAGUUGCAUCCAAAGAACACCAUACCUACUGUGAAGCAUGGGGGUGGAAACAUCAUGCUUUGGGGCUGUUUUUCUGCAAAGGGACCAGGACGACUGAUCCGUGUAAAGGAAAGAAUGAAUGGGGCCAUGUAUCGUGAGAUUUUGAGUGAAAACCUCCUUCCAUCAGCAAGGGCAUUGAAGAUGAAACGUGGCUGGGUCUUUCAGCAUGACAAUGAUCCCAAACACACCGCCCGGGCAACGAAGGAGUGGCUUCGUAAGAAGCAUUUCAAGGUCCUGGAGUGGCCUAGCCAGUCUCCAGAUCUCAACCCCAUAGAAAAUCUUUGGAGGGAGUUGAAAGUCUGUGUUGCCCAGCGACAGCCCCAAAACAUCACUGCUCUAGAGGAGAUCUGCAUGGAGGAAUGGGCCAAAAUACCAGCAACAGUGUGUGAAAACCUUGUGAAGACUUACAGAAAACGUUUGACCUGUGUCAUUGCCAACAAAGGGUAUAUAACAAAGUAUUGACGAACUUUUGUUAUUGACCAAAUACUUAUUUUCAAACAUAAUUUGCAAAUAAAUUCAUUAAAAAUCCUACAAUGUGAUUUUCUGGAUUUUUUCCCCUAAUUUUGUCUGUCAUAGUUGACGUGUACCUAUGAUGAAAAUUACAGGCCUCUCUCAUCUUUUUAAGUGGGAGAACUUGCACAAUUGGUGGCUGACUAAAUACUUUUUUUCCCCACUGUACUUUGUGCCCUGAUUGUAUAUUUAAGCGUAUUUCUAGUUAGCUACAGAAGAUCAGUACCAGGUACCCAUAAGUCUGAGGCAGACUAUGUUGUGGAAAAUAAUCACUAUACUUUAUUACAUAUCAAAAUACUUCCAGAGUUUUUGUAGAAUCAAGAAUGACUUUAUUACAAUUUCAACAAAGUAGUAGCACACUUUUUCUUUCUCCCUCCCCCAGUUAUAUAUCCCAUCCAUAUCUCCUCUAGUUCAAAAUCCCUCCCUCUUCAGUUUCCCGCUUUUUAUCGCUCCGCCUACUUCCCUUGUCUAUGAUGGCGGCUAAAUUCGACUUUCAUUUCAGUUGAGAAUCAAUAGUAAUACAAUCAAUCAAUCCUUUAUCUUGCAAAAACACUCAUGUUUAGUUUAAACUCUGUUCAACUCCGGCUCUCCCGGGCUUGACCUGAAGACCGAUCGUUGGACAUGACAGGUCCCUAAAUCCUUGAAACAUACACAAACCCCCACACAUACAGUGAAAUUAUCCAAUUAAGUUCCUGGCCCAAUAACAAAGAACUCUAACUCUAUGUUCGUGAUUAACCCAGUUUUAUCUCAUAGUCCACUAAAAAAAUCUCCAUCUUCUGCCAACAUCAUUAUUAGGCUAAAAAAUGUGCAUGCCAAUGAUCUGUGCCGUUGUGGAGGCUGGGGGGGUGCCCGCUGCCGUGCUGAAGCGGUACUCAUAAAAAUGAUUCAAAGUUGGCAGGUCUGUCUCCGAGUGUCGUCCGUGGUCAUGUGAUGUGACCUGUGUGUGUCCUUAGAUGACGAAGAAGAUCAAGAAGCUGGAGAAGGAGACGACCAUGUAUCGCUCCAGGUGGGAGAGUAGCAACAAAGCCCUGCUGGUCAUGGCUGAGGAGGUAGGUCAAUUCAGACCGAACUCACUGAAUGGGGCUUUUUAUAUUGGUGUGAGUGUACAUUUUUUGUUGUUGUUGUGAAAAGUGCAAGGUGUCUGUGACUGACUGUGUGUGUGUGUGCACAUCUGUAUAAAUCUUUGUGUGUUCCCUAGAAAACGCUGCAGGACCGUGAGUUUGACGGCCUCCAGGGGAAGGUAGGGAGGCUGGAGAAGCUUUGCCGGGCACUGCAGAACGAACGCAAUGAGCUCAGCAAGAAGGUCCAGGGCCUGAGCGCCGGCCCCGAGGACGACAGCCCAGGAGAUGAAUCCACCUCCCUCCCCCCCAUAGACUCCCAGGAGCCCAGCCCAGACCCCGACACCACCACCACCCCUAGCUCCCCCACACCCUGCUGCCACUGCGGCCCAGAGUUGGACACUGAGAACCAGGCCUGUGCAGCCCCCCUCACUGCCCAGGAAUGA